AUGGGAGGGCGCUCAAAGGAGGAGAAGUGCAAAUCGUUUUGGGAAAAGAAAUCUGAGGUGAGUGGCAUCUCUCCCCAAAAGAGCUGUUCUGGGUGCUGCCUUGGUUGUUAAUGCCCUUAUUAAGAUUCCCUGCAGAGUAACGGUUUGGGAAGUGUGAGGAUUUCUCUUCCAUUUGCCCCCAAACCGACCCCAGAUCUCCAUCCUCGGUGGAUGGGAACAGAGUGCUAAUGAAGCGACCUUUUGCAAAGGGGCGAGCAAGAACAAAUCCUUUGGCAAAGGGGAAAAACUCACCCUUGGCUCGGAUGGAUGCAGUUUAUUAAGAAGUCUCGAAAGCCACUCGGCGUUCCAAGUGAUUUCUUCCUAUAUAACGGGCCAUGAGCACACAUCUAAAACCGAUGGAUGUGUAGGGCAAUCCUCUCUUUUGGCCAGUGCCAACAGCAGGAGGGGAUCAGUGGCAGCGAGGGUUUGCAAAACAUCUGGCAAGGAGGCUUCCCGUCAGCUUGCAAAUGGAGCAACAAGUAAUCUGUGAAAUGUUAACAUCUGGAGGGAAGCUGUAACCAGUUCCCAAAGUUGUCGCUGAAGCCAAAAGAACUGAGAGGCAGAAUCACACUUUCUCAAACUAAAUAACUCUUUAUGUGGUUUGCAAAAGAUUAAUUGGAUAGCUCAGUCGGAAGAGUUGUUCUAGCUUGCAGCUGAACGACGAAGCGGGUUUUUGCUGGUAGAGCAUGAGACUCUUAAUGUCAGGGUCAGGGGUUAAGAGCCCCACCUUGGGCAAAAAAAAUUUCCUGCAUUGCAGGGGGUUGGACUAGAUGGCCCUUAGGGUCCCUUCCAACUUUGCAAUUAUAUGAUUAGCAGUAAUGUACGAAAAUUCAACACCUUCUAGUACUUAAAUGAUAUUAACAAUGCCAAAACAAUAAAGGCAUACAUAACUCAAUAUCUCAAAGCCAAACUGUCCAAAUAUUCCUCAGUAAGUCCAAGAGAACAACUCUUUGUGAAGAAUCACAUUUUCAGCAAAGCACACAUCUGUUGUUAUAGAUUUAAGCACAAGCAAUCUAUCAGUUUUAACAGCCUUUAACAGUAUAUGUAUAUAUGUUUAAAAAAUGGGUGAUUUCUGUUGCAAAUCUAUUGUGAACAGUGUUAGGAAAGUUGUUGCAUAUGCUAGACAACUGGAUGGCGCUGUGGGUUAAACCACAGAGCCUAGGACUUGCCGAUCAGAAGGUCGGUGGUUCCGAUCCCCACGACGGGGUGAGCUCCCGUUGCUCGGUCCCUGCUCCUGCCAACCUAGCAGUUCGAAAGCACGUCAAAGCGCAAGUAGAUCAAUAGGUACCACUCCGGCGGGAAGGUAAACGGCGUUUUCGUGCACUGCUCUGGUUCGCCAGAAGUGGCUCAGUCAUGCUGGCCACAUGACCCGGAAGCUGUACGCCGGCUCCCUUGGCCAAUAAAGCGAGAUGAGCGCCGCAACCCCAGAGUCGGUCACGACUGGACCUAAUGGUUGGGGGUCCCUUUACCUUUUACUAAAAGAGAGAUGGGGAAAAGGCUUAAAGUUGGGUUUAUUUUUAGACACCUGGGGUUCAAUUUAAAGGUUGUCUUCUACAGGGAUGGAGAAAGAAUUCAAUUUUGUUUGCAUUUUAAUGAGAAAACACCCAUUCCACACCCCUCAAACCAAUAUGCAAAGUGAAACACUUUCUUUGAAAUUCGAUGCAAUUUUCCAACCAAAAUGCGUAUAUCAAAGGAAAGUAUAUUAGUGAAAAAUAACAUACAUAAUGCAUCAGAUAUGAAGAAAUUACUGGCAAAAAGUAUAUAUUGUUCAAAGAGGAGUAGUAAAAAAUGUGUUUAUUAGGAGAAAUUCGCACUAAAAUGCUGAUGAAUUUUCACUAUUGGGUUGUUUUUAUUUUUAUUAUUUAUUUUGUGGUUGUUUUACAUAUUGAUUUUAUUCUGUUAACCACCCUGAGACCCAGAGGUAUAGGGUGGUAUAUAAAUUCAAUUAAUGAUGAUGAUGAUGAAUAUAAUUGUAAAUUGCUGCUGAAAUGUGAAUUUGCUCAAACUCCAGCUUUGCACAGGAUUCAGUGGUUGGUGCAAAGGCUCCUGGGAUUGCACUUGCAAAGGCUCAUGGGAGUCCUGUUUUUGUGCCCUCUCUUCUGGGCUAUUUUAGGGCCGGUUUUGCCAUUUUAAAAGUCGCUUCCGGGGCCGGUGCAACACGUGCUUGUGCUAUUAAAGAAAAUAGCCACAUAAUCUAAGAGAACUGGAUUCCUCCACUCCCGUUUGCUUGGGGAUCAGAUCGCACUCUUGCAUAUUCUAUUUCUGUAAUUCCUCCUGCCCUGAAAUAUCUAGUUACUUUCCCCAUCCACCCCUUCACUUCUGUUUGAUACAGGAUCCCUUCCAGUAAAGGAACCAGGACGGAAUCCGCUGGGUUCGUAAAAGUUCUGUGCAUUCUUACCACUUCUUUCGCCGUUGGAGAUCUAAUGUGAAGCUGAUUCCCACCUUUGCCUGGUCUAAAUGAACUGGGUUGGAGGAGAGAGAGUUCCCAUCCUGCUCCAGUUUCAGGUAGCAAGUGGUCAGGGAUGAUGGUAACUGUAGUCCAACACCAUCUUGGACAUUAAUAGUGAAGGGGGCCAUCUUGGAAGGGAGGAGGGGGUGGUAGCCUGCAAGAGAGAAUUAUCUAUAGGGAGCUGUAAAACGCAUGCAAGCCAGUAGUUUAGUUUGUAGUAAAGGUAAAGGUACCCUUGACCAUUAGGUCCAGUCACGGACGACUCUGGGGUUGCGGCACUCAUCUCGCUUUACUGGCCAAGGGAGCCGGCGUACAGCUUCCGGGUCAUGUGGCCAGCAUGACUAAGCCGCUUCUGGCGAACCAGAGCAGCGCACAGAAACGCUGUUUACCUUCCCGCCGGAGUGGUACCUAUUUAUCUACUUGCACUUUGACGUGCUUUCGAACUGCUAGGUGGGCAGGAGCUGGGACCAAACAACGGGAGCUCACCCCGUCGCGGGGAUUCGAACUGCUGACCUUCUGAUUGGCAAGCCCUAGGCUCUGUGGUUUAGACCACAGCGCCACCCGCAUCCCUGUAGGGAGAGUAGGAGAGCUGAAAAUAAUGCCGAUAUAUUUAGCAUCUGCCAACCAAUGCAGCCCUUUGGUUUCAGAUGGCACAUGGGCAGACGAGUCCCAAAAUCCCCAGGACACAAAUUUCCACUGCCCUCUAGCAAAUAAGGGGCUCAUUUGUCAUCAUUAAUGUAUUUAGCGUUAACUCUGGAAGUGGAUCCUCGAUUCUGACCAAACUAAGCCUACUUUUGCAAUUGUAAAGGUAGAGGUAAAGGACCCCUGACAGUUAAGUCCAGUCGUGAACGACUCUGGGGUUGCGGUGCUCAUCUCACUUUACAGGCCAAGGGAGCUGGCGUACAGCUUCCGGGUCAUGUGGCCAGCAUGACUAAGCCGCUUUUGGCAAAACCAGUGCAGCUCACAGAAACGCCGUUUACUUUCCCGCUGCCGGAGCGGUACCUAUUUAUCUACUUGCACUUUUUGGGGUGCUUUCGAACUGCUAGGUAUGCAGGAGCUGGGACCGAGCAACGGGAGCUCACCCUGUCAUGGGGAUUCGAACCGCUGACCUUCCGAUCGGCAAGCCCAAGAGGCUCAGGGGUUUAGACCACAGCCCCACUCACGUCCAUUUUGUGAUUGUACGUUGUAUUAAACUGUUCCUAAUGUUGCUGAUAAUCGUAACAUUCCUUAGGAACUUAUGGUGAAGGCCAGAUGAAAAAUAUCUGGAGGAUGAUAUUGUUAGAAUUCCUGCUCCAUGGUUGCAGUCACGGGAUUGUUGUCUAUCACAUGACGGUAUACGUUUUGACUCCACAGAGUGGGAAGUGAUGGAGACAGGAGGUUUGUGUUACUGUGUUCUGUGAAGUGGGACUAUUGUCCUUUGUUUUUUCCCUCUUUGCUGUCUGAUGCUAGAGAGAGAGGGAGCCAUGUUGCAGUGCUCCGUGUGUGUUUAUGUGUAAAUAAAGUAGAUUAGCCAAAAUGCUGAGUUGCUGAAGACUCUGCGGAUCCCUAAGUGUGCCGAUGUUGGUUGGCAUUGGUCACUGUGAUGUUUGGGCUGAAGAAAGCUUUUGAAGCUCCCGAAUGAUCGACAAGGAGGGAGAGAACAUGCCAGUCGGGCAUGUGUCUCUGCCAGGGUCCUACUCGAGUGUAGGAUGAUCUCCUGACAGAUAUCUGGAGGACCACAAAUUCAUCGGUCCUGUGUUAAAUGUAAUAAUAACUGAGGGCAGGUUGAAGGCCUUUAGAGGACAGAGAUGAAAUGGGGAGCUCCUAGUGUGGGGAGCCAAUGUGGUGUAGUGGUUAAGAGCGGUAGACUCGUAAUCUGGGGAACCGGGUUCGCGUCUCCGCUCCUCCACAUGCAGCUGCUGGGUGACCUUGGGCCAGUCACACUUGUUUGAAGUCUCUCAGCCCCACUCACCUGUUUGUUGUGGGGGAGGAAGGGAAAGGAGAAUGUUAGUCGCUUUGAGACUCCUGAAGGGGAGUGAAAGGCGGGAUAUCAAAUCCAAACUCUUCUUCUUCUAUUCCUCACACAGAGCUACAAUUCCUAGAGUGGCUUAACAACCAAUCCCUCUUCCCAGGGAACUCUAGGAAUCAAAAGGAAUAGGGGGUCUCCUAACAACUCUUAGUACAAAGACAAAUGAAGGCUUCAAGACAUUAAAUGCUGUCAGUUCAAACUAACACCUAAUCCACAACUGGAGGGUGUACGUGAGCCAACCUCAUUUUUUAAAAAACUGAAUAAAUUUUGAUUUGAUCAGAACAGAAACCAACUUGGUUCCUCUUGGCCAACCUUUCCAAAAACUGCUGCCCUACAGAUGUUCUGGACUCUACAAUCUGGACACUUUCUGAACUAUUGUCCUCAUCUAAGCAUUUUUCAUGGUGACCUGGAUUUUUUGAAAGUUGCAAUAGUGCUUGUUCCAACACAUUAGAAGGUUCUGUGGCAGUUUAAGUGCUUAACUGGGAGGCCUGUGGAUGCUGCAAUGUUGAUUUCUUGGCAGAAAGAUACCUUGGAUUGAGUAGCAACUGAGGUACAUUGGGUAAGGACAGGGAAUAGAACUGGCUUCCUUGAGGGUACAUAAAUCAGAUCAGUCAAUUUAUUCCGGAUUACAUAGUACCUGGGUGGGGACCCUUCUGUCUGUAGGAGAAGGGCAGACACUACUAGGCUCUCCUGAAAAGGUUCCUGCAUUUAAAAAUGUAUAUUAUGCUCAUAGCAAAGCCUCUGGUUGAUGUUUACAGACAGCUUAAAAUCACAAUACAAACAAGUAAAUCAGACCCUCCAAGUGUCCCUAUUUUCCAGGGACAUCCCUGAUUCAGAGAAGCUGUCCUGGUUUCUGAUUUGAUCCUGGAAUGCGGCUACUAGAUGGGUGACAGGGACCGGCUUCUGGGACCAUCGGUCCUAAAGGAUCUUCAGUGGCUCCCAGUACGUUUACGAGCACAAUUCAAAGUGUUAGUAAAAGGUAAAGGGACCCCUGACCAUUAGGUCCAGUCGUGGCCGACUCUGGGGUUGUGGCGCUCAUCUCGCUUUAUUGGCUGAGGGAGCCGGCGUACAACUUCCGGGUCAUGUGGCCAGCAUGACUAAGCCGCUUCUGGCGAACCAGAGCAGCACACGGAAACACUGUUUACCUUCCUGCCAGAGUGGUAUCUAUUUAUCUACUUGCACUUUGACAUGCUUUCGAACUGCUAGGUUGGCAGGAGCAGGGACCGAGCAACGGGAGCUCACCCCGUCGUGGGGAUUCGAAGCGCCGACCUUCUGAUCGGCAAGUCCUAGGUUUAACCCACAGCGCCCCUCGCGUCCCCCACAAUUCAAAGUGUUGGUGCUGACUUUUAAAGCUCUGAACGGUCUCAGCCAGUAUACCUGAAGGAGUGUCUCCACACUGGACACUGAGGUCCAUCUUCGAGGGUCUUCUAGUGGUUCCUUCACUGCAAAAGGUGAAGCUACAGGGAAUCAGGCAGAGGGCCUUCUCAGUGGUGGCACCCGCCCUGUGGAACGCCCUCCCGUCAGAUGUCAAGGAGAUAAAGAACUACACAACUUUUAGAAGACAUCUGAAGGCAGCCCUGUUAUCGGAAUGUUUUUAAUAUUUAAUGUUCUAUUCUGUUAUUAUAUCUGUUGGAAGCCGCCCAGAGUGGCUGAGGCAACCCAGCCAAAUGGGCAGGGUAUAAAUAAUAAAAUUAUUGCGAUUUUUAUUAUUACUCAGUGGUGUUCUCCGACUCCAUAAAGUACCAGUUUUAGGACAUGCUCAGGACUUGAAGUCGAAAGAGGGUUGCACGCGUGAAGAGAAAGUAUGUGCACAAGCUGCACACUUCACAACAGACUAGAGAUGUGAUUUUUUUAAAAAAAACCCAAACAAAUUAGGAACCCUUAGGAGACAGGGUCCUAUAUUCCCCUUUGGCCUCUCGCUGUAGCAUACGCAAAGACCUGAACAAAAACAGUUGACUCUCAGAGUUCUUAUUUCAGGUGGAGGGUAAUGUAGAAGACCCAGAAAUGGACGUCCGCCUUGUCACCGUCGGACAACUAAGGAAACCUUGGAUGAGUUUGCUGCAUCAUUAUGAACACCGAUGCUUCAUCCGCUGCCUGGCUGGCUUGUACAGCUGUCAGUGGCAACGCGAUCGCCAGAACAGGAUCGAGCGGGGCCAGAGCUGCUGCUGCAGGGUGAAUGCAGAUUCCUGUUAGAUUCCUUAAGAAAUAAGUCCCAGCGCAUUGGUGGAAAACCUCGCCCCUCUCUCCCAGUGGUGUAGCGUGGGUGGCCGACACCCAGGGCUGCUCAGAGGGUGUAGGUGGGAGCGAGGUAAAUGGAUGGAGGAUGCAUGCACAUUCAAUUGUCUAACGGCAUCCACAUCACCAAGGAGACCGCAGGCACAGAAAUAAAAAAAACCAAGAGUUAUUCCAUUGUCUGGAGAGGAUACCGUAUUUUUCACUCCAUAGGGCGCACCUAGUUUUUAGGGGGGGAAAUCAAGAAAAAAAAACUUAUUCCCCCCCCAGCCCCAAAGAGCAGCAUACAGGCUGUGCACAACCUCUCCCUUCCAGAGGGGUUGCGCACAGCUAUGGCACCAGCCAAGGCAGCCAGUGGGAUCCAUAGGAAGCCAUAGCCACGUGCAGCCUCUCCCUGCCAGAGGGGCUGCGUGCGGCUAUCCCUGAAGCCUGGAGAGUGAGAGUGGUCAGUGCUCACCGACGCCUCUCGGUCUCCAGGCUUCAGCGAAAGCAACGCUAAGCCUUUGGAGCGCGGAGGGAGCGCUCCCUCUGUGCUUCGGAGGCUUAGCGUUGCUAUCGCUGAAGCCAAGGAGCCUGCAUUCGCUCCAUAGGACGCACACACAUUUCCCCUCAAUUUUUGGAGGGGGAAAAGUGCGUCCUAUAGAACGAAAAAUACAGUACUUCCUGCUUUGCACGGAGAAGCUGUUUUCAAUGGAGCCUUCGCCCCUAACAAUUUUGCGCCUGGGGCAAUUGCCCUGUGGUGCUCCCAGGGUACGCCACUGCUCUCUCCCUCUGCCCAACGGCCCUAUUCCUUUGGGGGGAACUGGUUGGGGCACGGGCGGGUGGUGGUGAGAGCCCAAAAUGAGUGGGCCAAAACAUGUACACCGUACACACUCCUCCUCCUCCUCCUGUCUCCUUCCCUUGUCUCUCUCCAUCUUCCCAUUCUCUGAGCAGGGGUGGAGGAAGGGGGUGUGGUGGGGGUGGGUUGCCCCGGGUGUCACCACUGAGGGGGGUGACAAAAUGCCAGGCGGCACUCACCGCGGGGCCUGUAGCGCGCUCGAUCCAUGCGUCUCUCCUGGGAGUGAUGGGGUGGCUUGGGUGCCCGCAGACUCUGUGGCCGCAGACUCUGUGGCCUUUUAGAAGUGGGUGGGAUGUUUUAAAUGCAUUUCUCUUCCUUUUAAUGUACCUAUGGGGGGGCAGGUUCCCAGUCCGUUUGGUUGUUUGGGUUUACAUCACUUUGGGUCGCCUUGGGCAAGGCGAAGCCACUAGCAAAUGAAAUAAAUAAAUGCAUGAGAACAUUUUAAAGAAAUCACCUCUGUAGAUAAGAAGCAAGCUUUCUUAUUCAGCCGAACCAGGGGCUGCCAGCCAUUUUGCACAUUUGCAGAGGAGACGAACUUUCAGUUUCAGUUGAAAAAAAGAGCUUUUAUUUUUAUAAUUACUGACCUCUCAUUCGGGUUUUCUUUCCCUUUGUUUCCAGAGGGAGUGCAUCUUUUUCUUCCUGGUGUGCCUGGCGUUCUGCCUUUGGUUCGUCUUUCUGUACCUGUGGGGAGAAACCAAGAAUGACUACCAUAAUUUUGACUGGUAGGUGCCCUGGUUAUCUGACCUUCGAAAGCAACAUCCUUAAAGAAAAGGGUUGCUUCUAGGAGUGGGGGAAGUGGUAAUACAGACCACGAGCGAUUUACACGUGUCCAAUUGGUGCACAACUGCACAUGUAUGCAUUGUGGUGACCCAGAAGUGGCCGGAAAAGGGUGCAUAACUGGGUGGAAGAUGAUGCGUUAUUUUUAACUGGGUAUGUACUGCAGCUUUUAUUUCUUAUAUUGUAUGCUAUCGUGUUACAAUUUGAAGUACUGUAUUUUUCACUCUAUAGGACGCACUUUUUCCCCUCCAAAAAUUAAGAGGAAAUGUGUAUGCAUCCUAUAGAGCGAAUACAGGCUCCAUAGCUUCAGCGAUAGCAACACGAGGCCUCCGAAGCGCAGAGGGAGCGCUCCUUCCGCGCUCCAGAGGCUUCGCAUUGCUUUCGCUGAAGCCUGGACAGCGAGAGGGGGCGGUGCGCACCGACCCCUCUCGCUCUCCAGGCUUCAGGGAUAGCCGCCUGAAGCCUUCGGAGUGCAACACGAGUUCACGCUGCGCUCCGAAGGCUUUGGGUUCCUUUUGCUGAAGCCAGGAGAGCAAGACUCCUGGCUUCAGCAGAGAGGGAGAGCUACGCAACGCCCCUUCAGCGAAGUGGGAGGAGAAAUGGAAGGGGCUCCGUUUCUCCUGUCGCUUCGCUGAAGGGGCGCUGAGCAGAAAGGGGGAGAUUUUUUUUUUCUUGUUCUCCCCCUCUAAAACAAGGUGCGUCCUAUGGUCCGGUGCGUCCUAUAGAGCGAAAAAUACGGUACAUAAACACCCGCAGGAUUCACAUUGCCAUUGUUUUUCAAAAAUAGGACAUGGACCAUGGGAAUGAAGCCUGUAGAACGGUGGUGUUCUGCAGACCGCAAUCUGGGAGCCCCUGGUCUAGGAUAAUGUCAGGGACUGGACUGAGGAGGAAUAGUGGAGACCUCCUUAUCGGAUUACACCAGGGUGUCCAUACAGCCCCCGAGAUGAGACCAACCUCUCCGGGCAUCUUCCUGAGGUUGCGCAGCUCCUGUUUGUCCAUAAAUCAUCGGUCCUGGCCCGCUCCAGCGACACAUAGCAAAUGCCUAUGCGCUUGCACACUCAGCAGAGUUUAGCAGAAACAAAGUGGAGACUGGUGUGCUCAUUCUAAGCUUUUAUUAAGCACUAUAUACAGGACAAGGGACGUGGGUGGUGCUGUGGGUUAAACCACAGAGUCUAGGACUUGCCGAUCAGAAGGUUGGCGGUUCGAAUCCCCGCAACGGGGUGAGCACCUGUUGCUCGGUCCCUGCUCCUGCCAACCUAGCAGUUCGAAAGCACAUCAAAGUGCAAGUAGAUAAAUAGGUACCACUCUGGCGGGAAGGUAAACGGCGUUUCCGUGCACUGCUCUGGUUCGCCAGAGCGGCUUAGUCAUGCUGGCCACAUGACCCGGAAGCUGUACGCCGGCUCCCUCGGCCAAUAAAGCGAGAUGAGCGCCGCAACCCCAGAGUUGGUCACCACUGGACCUAAUGGUCAGGGGUCCCUUUACCUUUACCUUUAUAUACAGGACAAUGGAUGCGGGUGGCGCUGUGGGUUAAACCACAGAGCCUAGGACUUGCCGAUCAGAAGGUCAGCAGUUCGAAUCCCCGCGACGGGGUGAGCUCCUGUUGCUCAGUCCCCGCUCCUGCCAACCUAGCAGUUUGAAAGCACAUCAAAGUGCAAGUAGAUAAAUAGGUACCGCUCCGGCAGGAAGGUAAAUGGUGUUUCCAUGCACUGCUCUGGUUUGCCAGAAGCAGCUUGGUCAUGCUGGCCACAUGACCCAGAAACUGUACACCAGCUCCCUCGGCCAAUAAAGCGAGAUGAGCGCCGCAACCCCAGAGUCGGCCAUGACUGGACCUAAUGGUCAGGGUUCCCUUUACCUUUACCUUUAUAUACAGGACAAAGUGAUCAUGGCGUCCUCUCACUUCAGCUCCAAGAGAGAACAGAAAGGAAAAAGUACAAAAACACAACAGAGCGGAAGAGAUAAGGUUAUUUCUGUUCUCAGGUUUGCCAAGCCUAGAAAGUAAACACGGAUAUGUGAUAUAAAAGACUCCAUCAGGCAAGGUCACCUUCCACCUGCCUUGCCCAACUCUCUGCUUCUCAAUGUGUAUUGUAUUGUUUAAUGUUCUGUGGCUUGCCGUUGUUUUAUUGAUUAUAGUUUAGAUAUUAUUGUAACUGUUGAGUGGAUUUCUGUUUAACUUUUAUAUGCUGAUAUUAUUAUUUUAUACUAUUCUAAUGAUUGUUGAACGUUACUUUUUUGAUGGAGGUUGCCUAUUUUAAAGUUAUGUUUUAUUAUCACAUUUUUGUAUUGCAUUAGAUCGUUAUAAGAUGUACAUUUUUUGUUUGUUCAGCUUGUAAACCCCCUUGAGUAUUGUAAGAUAGAAAGGCGGUAUACAAAUGAUGAUGAUGAUGAUGAUAACCGUCACACAUCAGCAACGGAGGAGUGAAAUGCUUACACUCCUCCUGAACCUUCCCUAGAAGAGGAGGACAGUGUGGAUUUACAACAGUGGUUUGCAGAAGGCUGCAGAGGGGAGAAGCUGAGAAAUAUUGGGAGGGGGCAGGAGGAAGAAGAUGCACCAGGGAAGAGACAGCUGACAGACUCAGUGUCUUUGGAAAGCAUUUCUGAUGCCCUCCCUCCCAGAACCCGAUGGGCAUUGAGAGUAGGAGAACAGAAAGCUCAGAUCAGCCGACGCUGGGAUGACAUAGAAUAGGAGAGAUGGAGGGGGUGGGACUUUACUCGGAGCAACGCCAUUAUCCAAGAGAGAUGGCAUUUCUCUCUCUCUGUCCCUGAUGUUGGGAAAGAUGGAGGGCACAAGGAGAAGGGGAUGACAGAGGACGAGAUGGUGGGACAGUGUUCUGGAAGCUACCAGCAUGAGUUUGACCAAACUGCAGGAGGCAGUGGAAGACAGGAGUGCCUGGAGUGCUCUGGUCCAGGGGGUCAUGAAGAGUCGGACACGACUAAACAACUAAACAACAAUAAGAAGAAGAACUCUUCUUGUUUAACUACUUCUUGGCUGGCGCCAUGGGAGGGGUGAAGCCUGACAGAUAAUGAUUUUUAUACUGUGUCUUGGGAAACCCAGGGAUUCCUUACUGAGAAAUGCAGUAAUGGUAGGCAACCCUUUCUGAAAUCCAGCUUCUUCUUGCCCGUCUUCCUUCUGCAACCCACAGGCCCCAUCACCCCCAUAAGGAAUGGCCAGGCAGGUACCAGAGCCAAAAUGCCUGCGAGGCGCAACCGGCCCUACUAUUAGAUUAGAUAAAAACAGCGUUCAUAAAAUAUAAAAUAUACAAUAUAAAAUAUACAAUCGGAGCAGAUUGCAGCAAUAGCUCAUGAGUUAAAAUUGAAAUAUAUACAUACACCCAUAUAGCUGAGAUUUGGGCUACCAUAAAAAAUUGACCCUGAGGCACUCCAAAGGGCCACUUCAGCAUUUCCCUAGUAAGCUAUUUUAUUCUAGAGGAUGACCUGUGCCAACAAAUCUGGGCGCAGAAUCUGGCUACCAGCCAGGUCGUUUUAUGAUCUUUGCCUAAGAGGAGAAAAUUAAGUUUAGACUUGUCUGAAAGACUGGCGAGCCUUUUCAGCAAAGGAUCAGUUGUGUCUCUACGAAUCUCAGCAUAAAAAGGACAUCUAAAAAAUAUAUGUUUGAGGCUUCCUAUUUCAUCUAAUGGGCAGGCGCAAAGUCUCUGCGCGUACGGGACCCUUCUGUAGGAGCCUUCCAGAACCGGUGAGGGCAAGGCUGAGCUUCUUGUUAAGUUGUGGGUGAACAUAUCAGACGACACAGCGAUUCUUCAAACAGCUCUUGUUUAUUCACAGGCCAGAACAGAACUGAACUGAAGGGUUCAGCCAGCCUGCUUAUAUAGAGCUCCAGUACAAUGCAACUGUAACACUUUCUGUAACUAUCCAAUCACUGAACGUCACUUUCAAUCCCUUAUUUGCAUAUGUGGACCUGAGUGAAAACUAUCUACAGUAUCCCCCUGCUGGCCCAGGGUGAGAAUGUCAGUACAUAACACUUCUAGCAAGAGUAAAAGCCCAACUUGCAUUUCUGGAUGUAAGGAAAUAGAGAUAAGCUGCUGGAGCGGCUACGUAUCUCCCGUUUUCUAUGAUUUUAUAAUCGGGGACCCUUGUACAGUCCUGUUGUCUCUCUAUGUCCAUGAGGCCCUACUAUUAGGCGAAGUGAGAUGAUAGACUCGGGUGGCAGGUUCAGGAGGGCAGGCUCCCAGCAGUUCCUAAGCCCUGCCCCCUGACCAGUCCCUUCUGUUGGAGUACAGAGAUGUGUCUACCACAUAUCCUGGAAGAUUGAGGAAGGACAAAAUUGCAUGGUUAAAUUAUGGGAUUUACUCACAUGAGAAGUAGUGAUGGCCACCAACUUUGUUGUUGUUGUUGUUUAGUCGUUUACUCAUGUCCGACUCUUUGUGACCCCAUGGACAGAGCACGCCAGACCCUCCUGUCUUCCACUGCCUCCCGCAGUUUGGUAAAACUCAUUUUAGUCGCUUCGAGAACACUGUCCAACCAUCUCGUCGUCCCCUUCUCCUUGUGCCAACAUCUUUCCCAACAUCAGGGUCUUUUCCAGGGAGUCUUCUCUUCUCAUGAGGUGGCCAAAGUCUUGGAGCCUCAGCUUCAGGAUCUGGCCUUCCAGUGAGCACUCAGGGCUGAUUUCCUUCGGAAUGGAUCGAUUUGAUCUUCUUGCAGUCCAUGGGACUCUCAAGAGUCUCCUCCAGCACCAUAAUUCACCAUCAUCAAUUCUUUGGCAAUCAGCCUUCUUUAUGGUCCAGCUCUCACUUCCAUACAUCACUACUGGGAAAACCAUAGCUUUAACUAGACGGACCUUUGUUGGCAAGGUGAUGUCUCUGCUUUUUAAGAUGCUAUCUAGGUUUGUCAUUGCUUUUCUCCCAAGAAGCAGGCGUCUUUUAAUUUUGUCACUGCUGUCACCAUCUGCAGUGAUCAAGGAGCCCAAGAAAGUAAAAUCUCUCACUGCCUCCAUUUCUUCCCCUUCUAUUUGCCUGGAGGUGAUGGGACCAGUGGCCAUGAUCUUCGUUUUUUUGAUGUUGAGCUUCAGACCAUUUUUUGCGCUCUCCUCUUUCACCCUCAUUUAAAGGUUCUUUAAUUCCUCCUCACUUUCUGCCAUCAAGGUUGUGUCAUCUGCAUAUCUGAGGUUGUUGAUACUUCUUCCGGCAAUCUUAAUUCUGGCUUGGGAUUCAUCCAGCCCAGCUUUUCGCAUGAUGAAUUCUGCAUAUAAGUUAAAUAAGCAAGGGAGACAAUAUACAGCCUUGUCGUACUCCUUUUCCAAUUUUGAACCAAUCAGUUGUUCCAUAUCCUGUUCUAACUGUAGCUUCUUGUCCCACAUAGAGAUUUCUCAGGAGGCAGAUGAGGUGAUCAGGCACUCCCAUUUCUUUAAGAACUUGCCAUAGUUUGCUGUGGUCGACACAGUCAAAGGCUUUUGCAUAGUCAAUGAAGCAGAAGUAGAUGUCUUUCUGGAACUCUCUAGCUUUCUCCAUAAUCCAGCGCAUGUUUGCAAUUUGGUCUCUGGUUCCUCUGCCCCUUCGAAAUCCAGCUUGCACUUCUGGGAGUUCUCGGUCUACAUACUGCUUAAGCCUGCCUUGUAGAAUUGCCACCAACUUGGGCGGCUUCAAAAGAGGAUCAGACAAAUUCACAGCUAUCAAUUGGGCAUUAUGUUAUGCAUUAUUUCCCACUACUCUUCCUUCAUUGGGAAGGAUUGCAGCUUAUUGGUAGAAAACCUCUUUUGCAUUCAGAAGGUCUCAGUUUCAAUCCUCACAUCUCUAAAUAGAGCUCUCUGUCUGAUUUCCAGGAGAACUGCUUCCAGCCUAUGUAGAUAAUAUUGAACUAGAUGGACCAUUGCUCUGAUUCAAUAUAAGGCAGCUAUUUAUGUUCUCCUCCUGCUUAAAUGUUUAGACUCUCCAUGGGGACAUGGCUGUCAUUGUAGCCUUAUUAGACUUUACUGAUUGGUGGGCUCUGCGUUGCUCCCGGACGGGAGGAAGGAAGUCAAAUGACACCGAGGGUUGGUUCAGAGGAAGAGUUCUUUAUUUCUGUUCUCCGGAGCAGCAGAAAGGCACUUGCGUGGUCAGUCCACAGCAAGUCCAAAGAAAUGAGAAAUUUCAUGCAGUAUAUAUAUCCUCCAGGCACCCUCUCCCCCCUUCCCCAGGAAUCCAGACAUGUCAGCUUGUACAGGUUGACAUCACAGAUGUUCCUGCUCUGGUGCUCUUAACCAUAAAAGGAUUUUCCUUCCUGUACUCCUGACCAUAAAAGGGUAUUCCUGUUCCUACACUCUAUCUUGGAGCAAGAGGUCACCAACUCUAAGAACACACUCUGGCGCUGUUCCCGCACUCGGUCUGUGCGUCAGAGUGUGGUCAGGAUGUAAGAUAAGACCCAGACGUGUCAUCCCUACUCCACUGGAACAGCCAAGGUCAUCCAUUGCCGUGACUGAUAAAGGAGAGAGCUGUUUAUACAGCUGUGUUCUUGUUAUGCAUUUGCUCAACAGCUCAAGUUAAUGCAUUUUAGAAAUGCUCCCUUGGAGAAAGAAGAAAAGGGGGUUUUGGGGUCCCAGUUCAAACUUGCUGGGAAGUUUUUGCCUCUGCACAUGAGUCUGAGAAUGUUCUGAACAGUUCCCAUUGAGUUCAUGAAACAGUGUACCCUGACCUGUUCUUAAUGCAUAGCUGACCACAUCUACGGAACGUGAUUGUUGUAUUCUUUCAUGUUAUGAUCAAUCAUUAGUAAUUGUUUUAGUCAUGCUAUAUCAAUCUUUAGUUAUAAUUUAAUUAGGAGGUUUUAUGCCUGUCUAGUUCCAGCUCCGUUUCCCAGCCUUUAAUCUAUCAGUGAUUAAUGUAAUAUGUAAUUCCCGCCUUGUACUUAUGUUAACCAAUCAGCAACAAGUUGCUUUGUGUUUGUAUCAACCAAUCAGCCACAAGCACACCUGUGGCAAUGUUUGUAAUAUUCAAUAAAAGAGAGUUCCCGGGGCUUGCCCCGGCAGACGCCUCAUAUGACACCUGCCACUCAUCUGUCGUGAAUUCAUUCCAACAUCUGGUGACCCCGACAGAGGCAAAAACUUCCCAGCACAAACUGACUGCACAGAAACCCAUUCCUUCAUCAUGACGAGCUCCUGCCUUUCAAGAUUUAGAACCCUGGCUCAUCCCAUACGUAACGAGUUUGCAUCGCACUUUUAGGUACAAUUAUGGGAACUUGGGCUUCUGGUUUCACUGGUCUGCCGUCUUCCUGAUCCUCGCUGCCGUCGUUUUCACCUAUCUCUUGUUAUUACUGGUAAGCACAACUUUCUUUUGAUUAAAGGCUUCCCCAGGGGAUGGUUCAGGUUGGCAGCCAAGUCUCCACCAAGGGGCAGCACUGAGGCUGUAAAAGCUCUGGGAGGGGAACAUAUCUGUGGAGACUGGAGUCAUGGGCCGUGUGGGUGGCAUAAUGCGCACAUCGCUUGUAGAAAGUGUUGGGUUCAACACCCAACGUCCCUUGAUUUGUUUUAGCAGAUUUGCCCCCUGCCUUUCAACCCAAAGAUAUAAGGAGAUAUUUGAUAGCAGUACAGUGAUACCUUGGGCUACCUACGCUUUAGGUUACAUACGCUUCAGGUUACAGACUCCGCUAACCCAGAAAUAGUGCUUCAGGUUAAGAACUUUGCUUCAGGAUGAGAACAGAAAUCGUGCUCCGGCGGCGCGGCGGCAGCAGGAGGCCCCAUUAGCUAAAGUGGUGCUUCAGGUUAAGAACCGUUUCAGGUUAAGAACGGACCUCCGGAACGAAUUAAGUACUUAACCCGAGGUGCCACUGUACUGGAACAGGAAUAGACUCUUUGAGAGACCCUCGAGAGCUGCUGCUAUUCCAAACAGACCUGGGGGUCUCCAACAUGGUGCCCAUGAGCCCCAGGGCACCCUCAGACACCCUCUGCAAAGCCCACCAAGGCCUCCCAUUUAUCCCAAUUUUUGAAGCUUUGGUGGGGAGUUUGCCUGUUUGAGGUGUGCGUGUUUCUGAGCAUCACCUGACUUUCUCCUGUGAAACAGAUAUUCAGUGGUAUCCAUGAGAGUUCCUUAGAUUUCCAAAUGUGUCUCUGGAGCCAUAAAAAGUUGGCAAUCACUGGAGCAAAAAGUUGUGGACUAGACGGACUCAUAUUCAUAUACUCGGCAUAUCAAAUGAUCUUCAGAUUGGAUCGAUUCCCAAUUUUAUGUAGCUUUGUGCUUUCCUAACUGCCCUGUGAUCUUCGGAUGUAGGGCAAUAAAUGAAUUUAAUAGAAAUCCAUACCCCCUCCUUUGGUAAUCCUCACUGAACUCUAGCCCAAUGGUUGCCAUUAGAUUUUGAAUUGAUUUUAGAAUGAAUUGAUUUUAGAAUGUAUUUCAAUUAAUAGAUUGUGAUUUUAUGUAAACUGUGUUACUUUUACUGUUAGCCACUCUGAGCCCGGCUUUGGCUGGGGAGGGUGGGAUAUAAAUAAAUAAAUAAAUUAUUAUUAUUAUUAUUAUUAUUAUUAUUACUCCCAUCAUUGAAAUCAACCAGGCUCCAGGGCUCUGAGUUGUGGGUACGACUAAGUACCUUCCUGCCAAUGUAUCCACAGAUCAUAGCAGUGUGUCUGAUAUCAGAGAGGCAGCGGUUGUAUCUGCACUGGAGUCACAAGGUAAAUUGUUUAACCUGUUGCCCUUCCUUGUAAUAAAACAAUUUCAGACCCAGGUCUCUGUGUAGGAACCAGAUCAUCCUCUGAACUGGUGCCGUAAGAGUAGCUGAGACUGGCAAGGGCACCAGCGGCAGAUCAACUGUGUCAAAUCAUGCUAGAUUCAGGCCAAAGCCUCACCUAGUCCAGCGUCCUAUUCUUAAAGUGGUCAACCAGAUGUCUCAACGUACAGCGUAAAAGCAAGACUUGGGCACAACAUCACUUCCCCCACUUGGAGUGCCCAGCAACUGGGCGUACUGACUCCAAUAACAGCUUGAUUGGUUGAUUGUAUUUCUCGCUGCGAGAAGUGAGGUUACAGGGAACCAGGCAGAGGGCUUUCUCGGUGGUGGCGCCUGCCCUGUGGAACGCCCUCCCAGCAGAUGUCAAGGAAAUAAAGAACUAUUUUACUUUUAAAAGACAACUGCUUAGGGAAGUUUUUAAUGUCUGAUGCUGUAUUGUUUUCAAUAUUCGGUUGGAAGCCGCCCAGAGUGGCUGGGGAAACCCAGCCAGAUGGGCGGGGUAUAAAUAAUAAAUUAUUAUUAUUAUUAUUAUAUUCUGCACCACAUUUCAUUCAGAUGAAUCCCAAAGCGGCUUACGGAAAAUAAAUAACAAAAGCACAACAGAGCAUAAACUUAGACAUAGAGCAUAGCCAUUGCAGCUACUAGUCCAUGGGUAGGCAAACUAAGGCCCUGGGGCCGAAUCCGGCCCAAUCACCUUCUAAAUCCGGUCUGCGGACGGUCUGGGAAUCAGUGUGUUUUUACAUGAGUAGAAUGUGUCCUUUUAUUUAAAAUGCAUCUUUGGGUUAUUUGUGGGGCAUAGGAAUUCGUUCAUUCCCCCCCCCCAAAUAUAGUCUGGACCCCCACAAGGUCUGAGGGACAGUGGACUGGCCCCCUGUUGAAAAAGUUUGCUGACCCCUGUUAGUCAUUGACUUUGAGGAAUCAGAGAACUGUAGAGUUGGAAGGGACCUCUCAGGGUCAUCUAGUCCAACCCCCUGCAACGCAGGAAUCUCAGCUGAGUCAUACAUGGUGGACGGCCACCCAACCUCCGGCAACCGCACACUUGCAGGGUUAAGAAAUCAUUUUUAACUCAGACUGAAAUUCCCAGGUGUCAAAAAAGGUUGCUUAUGUAUGCCACUACUGCGGCCCGUGGGACGCGGGUGGCGUUGUGGGUUAAACCACAGAGCCUAGGACUUGCUGAUCAGAAGGUUGGCGGUUUGAAUCCCCGCAACGGGGUGAGCUCCCAUUGCUCGGUCCCUGCUCCUGCCAACCUAGCAGUUCAAAAGCACGUCAAAGUGCAAGUAGAUAAAUAGGUACCGCUCUGGCAGGAAGGUAAACGGCGUUUCCGUGUGCUGCUCUGGUUCGCCAGAAGCAGCUUAGUCAUGCUGGCCACAUGACCCAGAAGCUGUACGACGGCUCCCCGCAAAGUGAGAUGAGCACUGCAACCCCAGAGUCGGCCACAACUGGACCUAAUGGUCAGGGGUCCCUUUACCUUUACCUUUACUGCGGCCCAUGUUUUGUUAGCCCCAAAAUGGAAAGUGAGCAGGUGAAGAGCUACCAAGGGAAGGUAAAAUACUUUUUAUGUAUGAAAUGAUGGCAGCGAGAGUGCUCCUAGCCCAGAGAUGGAAAGGAGGAGAAGUACCAACAGAAGAAGAAUGGCAGAUGAAACUGAUGGAAUAUGCGGAAAUGGCGAGACUGAUGGGGAAGAUCCGAAACCAGGAAAACCAGUACAUUUCCGAGCACAAUUCAAAGUGUUGGUGCUGACUUUGAAAGCCCUAAAUGGCCUCGGCCCAGUAUAUCUGAAGGAGCGUCUCCACCCCCUUCGUUUUACCCGGACACUGAGGUCCAGCACCGAGGGCCUUCUGGCGGUUCCCUCACUGUGAGAAGCCAAGUUACAGGGAACCAGGCAGAGGGCCUUCUCAGUGGUGGCACCCGCCCUGUGGAUCGCCCUCCCUUCAGAUGUCAAAGAGAACAACAACUACCAGACUUUUAGAAAGCAUCUGAAGGCAGCCCAGUUUAGGGAAGUUUUUAAUGUUUAAUAGGUUAUUGUAUUUUAAUUUUCUGUUGGAAGCCACCCAGAGUGGCUGGGCUAGAUCGGCGGGGUAUAAAUAAUAAAUUAUUUUUAUUUUUAUUAUUAUUAAGUAUUUUCUAAAGACUGGAGUAAAUUUGUAAAAUAUUUAUUUAUUUUUAUUUUUAUUUUUUUAUAUAAAUUUUAUUUUAUAAUACCAUACAAACAAAAAAGACAAACACAACACAUUCACACCAAAAAAAAACAUAUACAUACAUAUACAUACUCCUGACAUAAGACAACAACAAAUUAACUACAUUAACUACUUAACACACAACACUGACUGACUUCCCUUCAUCUCGGUUUCGAAUGUGUUAUAAAAUUUUCUAUCUGCAGUUUCUUUUCCUCAAAAAAAAUUCUUUACAUCACAAGUGUUAUAUCGCACCUACUGUGUUUUUAGUUUUUUUUACCUCUGUUUCCAUGUAUGCCAUGAAUUUAUUCCAAUCUUUAUUAAACUUUGUGUCUUUUUGAUUUCUUAUUUUCUGUGUCAUUUUUGCCAAUUCUAGAUAGUCGAGUAGUUUCGAUUGCCAUUCAUUUAUGGUUGGGAUUCUUGGUGUCUUCCAAUUCUGCGCUAUUAGAGUUCUGGCGGCCACUGUCGCGUACUGAAAGAGUGUUUGAUCUUCCUUUGUGAUUUCCUCUCCAAUUAUACCCCCCAAAAGGCUGCAGGUCUCUUUAUAAAUGUAUAUUUAAAGAUUUUUUUAGUUCAUUGUAAAUAGAUUCCCAAAAUUUUCUGAUAGGCUCGCACAACCACCACAUAUGAUAAAAAUCGCCCUCCUUAAUCUUGCACUUCCAGCAUAAUUUAUGACCAGUUUUAUAUAUUUUCCCAGUUUUACGGGCGUUACGUACCACCUGUACAUCAUUUUGUACAUAUUUUCCCUGAGUGUUGUGCAUGCCGAGAAUCUCAUACCUUUAUUCCAUAGUGCCUGCCAUUUAUCAAACUCUAUGUUAUACCCAAAGUCCAUUGCCCAUCUCACCAUUACCUCCUUUACUUCUUCAUCUUUGGUGUCCCAUUCGAGCAACAGGCUAUACAUUUUCGAUAGGAGUUUUGUUUUACUUUCUAAUAUUUCAAUCUGGAAGCUAGAUUUUUCUCACUUAUCCCAUUUUUAUCCUCGGUCCAGAUAGAGUUGAUUUGAUGAAAUUGGAUCCAACCUGUCAAUUUGUUCUUUAUUUCUUCAUAUGGCCUAAUCCUCCAACCGGUCUCUGUUUUUACUAAUAAAUCUUCGUAGGUCCAUCUUUCUCCUUCGAUAUUUGUUUUUUAUUGUCAGGAUAUCGAUUGGCGAAAGCCACCAAGGAGUAUUCUGUUCCAAUAAUUUUUAUUUCUUUCCACACCUCCAGUAAUGGCCCUCUGAAGAUAUGGUUAGAAAAUCCUUUAUGGAUCUUUCCCUUAUUACGCCAUAGGUAAGCGUGCCAACCGAAUCUUAAAUCAAAUCCUUCUAAAUCUAGCAGAUCUUUAUUUUUAUAAUAAUCCAAUCCUUGACCCAGCAGAGGCAUGAGGCUUCAUAAUAUAACUUUAAAUUUGGGACUGCGAAUCCUCCUCUAUCUCUUUGGUCUGUGAGUAAUUUGAAUCUGAUUCUCGGCCUUUUUCCUUGCCAGAUGAAUUUAGAAAGUAUUUUCUGCCAGCCCUUGAAUAUUGAUGUUCCCCUGAUUAUUGGUAUAUUCUGAAAUAAGAAUAGCAGUUUCGGUAAUAGACUCAUUUUAUUGCCGCCAUUCUCCCCGACCAGGAUAGCUUUAUUCUAUUCCAGGUAUCUAAGUCCUUCCUUAUUUCUUUCCAUGCGGUUGUAUAAUUGUCUUCCAUCAAAUUAAUGUUCUUUGUCGUUAACCAGAUUCCAAGGUAUUUUACUUUUUGGUUACUUUAAUUCCAGUCUGAGAUUCAAGGUGAUUUUUACCUUCUCUUCUACAUUUUUAAUCAACAUUUUAGUUUUUGUUCUGUUUAGUUUAAAACCGGAUAGUUUUCAGAUUCUUCUAACAGAUCUAACACCUUACUGACACUCUCUUCUGGAUCCUCCAAAGACAACAUAAGGUCGUCAGCAUAAGCUUUCAAUUUGUAUUCUUUCACUCCUAUUUUUAUUCGCGUAUCUCUGAAGUUUUCUUAUCUUAUUUGUAAUUAUCUCUAACAUCAUAAUAAACAGAAGAGGUGACAGAGGGCACCCUGCCUAGUACCCUUCGAGAUUUCAAAGGGUUCUGUUAAGUUAUUAUUAAUAAUUAGUUUAGCACUUUGCUGUGAGUAAAUUGCUUUUAUUCCUUCCAGGAAUGUGCCCUCUAUCCCUGUCAUUUCCAAACAUUUUAUAAGAAACGCCAGGAUACGUUAUCAAAUGCCUUUUCAGCAUCAAUAAACAGUAAAGCUGCAGGGAUUUCGUUUUGCAUUCUAAGUACUCAAUGAUAUUUAUUGUAUGUCUUAUGUUGUCUUUUAUUUGCCUAUUGGGUAAAAAACCAGCCUGGUCGGUAUGGAUAAGAUUAACUAGGCAUUUUUAAGUCGAGUCGCCAUUAUAUCUGCAUAGAUCUUAUAAUCAUUAUUCAAUAGUGAAAUCGGUCUGUAAUUCUUAAUAUUCAGCCUAUCCGAGUCAGGUUUCGGUAUCAGCGUAAUGUAUGCCUCUUUCCAUGACGCUGGUGUUCUUCCUUCUCUUAAAAUCUCGUUCAUUACUUCACAUAGCACUGGUGUAAUAAGUUCUUCUAAAACUUUAUAAUACUUGGCUGACAAUCCAUCUGGGCCUGGGGCUUUCCCCAGUUUCAUCCUCUUUAUCGCCUCUUGAAUUUCCUCUGUUUUUAUGGGUUUAUUUAAUAAAUUUCUUUCCUCUUCCGAUAUACUGUUGAUUCUGUUUUCUUCUAGAUAUUUUCCCAUUUCUAUUUCAUCUUCUUCUUCUCUUUUAUAUAGGUUUUCAUAGAAUUUAAGGAAGCACUUUUUAUUUCAUUGGGGUCUUCCAAGAUUUGGUCUUCUACUUUUAUUUUAUUAAUAAGAUUUUGUUUUCUUCUUUUCCUCAACUGCCACGCCAGGAACUUUCCAGUUUUAUUUGCAGAUUCAAAAAUUUUUGUUUCAUUAACUUAAUUCCCCAUUCUACCUCUUGAUUUAUUAAUGUUGAAUAUUGUGCUUGUAUCAUCUUAUACAGUUGCUUGUUCCCUUCAUCGCUCGGCUUUUCUAUCAAAUUCUUUUCACAUUCUCUCAAUUGAGUGAUUAGCUCUUCCUUUUUUUGUUCUCUCUCCUUUCUUCUUUGACUAUUUUGUUGUAUCAAAAACCUCUUAACACUGCCUUGCUGGCAUCCCAAACUAUAUCCAUGUUAGUCUCCUUAUUAAUAUUUAAAUCAAAAUAGUCUUUUAAAGUAAUUUUAGCCUUAUCAAUCACUUCUUCUUUUUCAAAUAAAUAAUCAUUCAUUCUCCAUCUGUAGAUACCCUGGGUCUUCCAGUUUAAGUGUAAUAUUAUUGGGUUGUGAUCAGAUAGUGUUCUGGGUAGUAUCUCACAUUUCGACACUCUUAUUGUUAAUUCUCUUGAUAUCCAUAUCUGAUCCAAUCUACUCCAGCUCUGAUGCGGCUCUGAGAAAUGUGUGAAUUGUUUGGUCAUGGGGUUUUUGAAUCUCCAUAUAUCUAUUAAAUCUAAGUUUUCCUCAAGGUCAAUAAACGAUCUCGGAAGUUUCCCUUGAUUUAAGUUCUUCCUUUUCGAGCUUCUAUCUAAUUCCGGUUUGGCACUCCAUUUAAAUCUCCAAGUAGAAUCAAUUUGUGAUUCUCUAGAUCUAAUAAAACUUGUUCCAAUUUUUGAAAAACUCCAUUUUGUUUGUAUUUGGCGCAUAGACCGUUACCACAUUAAAUUUUUCUCCCUGGUAGUUGAUUUGUACUCCUAGAAUUCUUCCUUCCUCAUCCUUACAUAUCAGUUUAGGUUCCAAUUUCUCUUUCACAUAAGUUACCACCCCUCUUUUCUUCUUUGAGUCUGAAUUGAUAAAUUAUAUUCCCAACUUUUUAUUUAUUAAAAUAUGUUUGUGUUUUUUGGCAACAUGUGUUUCCUGGCAACAAAUCACAUCAAUAUUUUUUUUCCUUAUGAUUUUCUCAAAUUUAUUUCUCUUGGACUUUUCAUUAAAACCAUUCACAUUCCACGACAGAAAUUUAAGGGUCAUUUCGACUAAUUGCACUUUAUCCUAAUUUCCGAUUUAAAUUCUGGUGCCUCUAUUUCCAAUAGUUUCCACCUCUUCCUCCUCCUCCUCCUCUCCCGAUUUGUAAAAUUUGUAAAAUAUUUAAAAGACCACUGUAAACAGUUAAAAUCAUUGGCAGAGAUGUAAUGACACUUGUAAUGUGGAAUUAUUUAUGAUAAUUAUGGUUAUUAAACAGAUGGAUAAGGGUAAAAGAUACAGCAAACUUAAAUUUAAAUAAUGGAACCUAUGGAGGGAGGGGAGGAGGUCUGAUGGUUCACAGGAACCUUGUAUUUCAAUGUUUGAAAUGGAUAUGUUAAAAUAUAUAAAAUUAUGAAAAGCCAAUAAUUUUUUUUUUUUUUAAAGAAAGUGAGUGAGGUCCUAAGCAAAGAGGAUUGGCAACUUAAGCUGACAAAAUAUGCACAGCUAGCAGACUUAACAUAUAGAAUAAGAGAACAAGAAGAACAUACAUAUAGAGAAGAUUGGGAAACAUUUAUUGAAUAUAUGGGAAAUAACUGCAUACAGCUGAAAACACUGGCAGCAUUAAGAUAAAUCCGACAGUUUAAAUAAGUUUUGAUGGAUGCAAUAAAGGAAUACUGAAUGGUAUAGUUUUUGUAAUAUAUGCAGGGAUUUUUGAUAUGUAAAAUGAGCCAUAGGAAGAAAAGAAGGGAAGUCAUUGAUAUCUUAAGGAUGUAAAAAUGAGUACCUUAAAUUGUAAAACAGAACAUUCAAUAGAAAUUGUAUAUUUUUAAAUUUAUUUUAAUACACUUUAUAUUUAAAUUAUAUAUUUUAUAUUAUAUUUGUAUAUUAUAAAUUUAUAUUAUAUAUUUUAGUAUAUUUUUAAAAAAGGGGGGGGAGAAAUUGUUUUUAAUGUUUGAUUCCCUUAGAUCGCGACAGUGUUGGCCCUGGGUUUCUCCUGCUGUGCCUUUGCCAUGGUAACGCUUCUCUGGACUGCGCAGUGGAGCACCUUCUACCUGUCCUUUCAGGUGAGAAAACCGCUAGGCUUUAUCUGAAUGCUGCUUUAUCUUCAUGCUGCCAGCGUUUUCAGCUGUACACCAUUAUUUCCCGUAUAUUCAAUAAACCUUUCCCAGUCUUCUCUAAACGUAUGUUCUCCUUGUCCUCUUAUUCUAUAUGUUAAGUCCGUGACUUGCGUAUAUUCUGUCGGCUUAAGUUGCCAUUCUUCUUUAGCUGGGACCUCGCUAGUUUUCCUUUUUUGUGUGUGUGUUUUUAAAGAGUUAUGUGUCAAUUUGUUGCUUAGUAGUGUCCGACUUUUUCUGAUCCCAUGGACCAGAGCACGCCAGGCACUCCUGUCUUCCACUGCCUCCCGCAAUUUGGUCAAACUCAUGUUGAUAGCUUCGAAAACACUGUCCAACCACCUCGUCCCCUGUCGUCCCCUUCUCCUUGUGCCCUCCAUCUUUCCCAACAUCAGGGUCUUUUCCAGGGAAUCUUCUCUUCUCAUGAGGUGGCCAAAGUAUUGGAGCCUCAGCUUCAGGAUCUGUCCUUCCAGUGAGCACUCAGGGCUGGUUUCCUUCAGAAUGGAUAGGUUGGAUCUUCUUGCAGUCCAUGGGACUCUCAAGAGUCUCCUCCAGCACCAGAAUUCAAAAGCAUCCAUUCUUCGGCGAUCAGCCUUCUUUAUGGUCCAGCUCUCACUUCCAUACAUCACUACUGGGAAAACCAUAGCUUUAACUAUACGGACCUUUGCUGGCAAGGUGAUGUCUCUGUUCCAAGCGUCUCAUGGGGACACUUUGUCUUCCCAACAGGUCACAGCUCCCUUCCUCCACAUGGUUGCUGUAUUCAUCAUGGUCCUCCUGGCGUGGCCAGUGGCUCUUCAUUUCUUCUGGACAGACAACAAAGGUACAAUGAGCUCUGGUUACUAUGAUGAACAUCUCUUUGCAGAUAGGGGCUGGGGCUCUUGCUCCUGGGGGAAGGCGUCUGACUUCGGCUGGGUCCUUGGCAUGGGUCUGCUGAUGGGCCCCCCACAACCACAAAGUUUUGUUGCAUGACCCUCCUCCCCAGUCUCCAAGUGGCGCAAGAUCCGAGGGGUUCCAGGUACUUACCAAAAGUUUGGUUUCCUUGGAAUGGGAGACAGUGGAAACUGUGGUGUCUUUAAGAUGUAUGGUUUAUUUACACAUACCGUAUUUUUCGCUCUAUAAGACGUACUUUUCCCCUCCUAAGAAGUAAGGGGAAAUGUGUGUGCGUGUCAGCUUCAGCCUGACAGAGGCUGGGAAUGAAAGCAGGCAAAGAGAGAUAAGGACACUGGAAUGUGAGCUGGAAUGUGAGAGAGAGGAGGGGCAGCCUAGUGGCAUAGCUUCAGAGAGCAGAGAGCAGGCAGCAGAUAGCAAAGAUCCACAAAAUACCAACCUUAGCUCAGAAACAGAUGGAGAGAGGCCAGGAAUAGCUAGCCCAAAAACUCAAAGGCGCGAAAAGGUCAGUGAGAGGAGGGAUAAAGAGUGGAAGCGAAAGGGUUUUUCCCCCUGUUGGAAGAAGAGUAAGGGGCGGAGUUUAGACUCGGCAACUGCAGACUUGGAGUCAGACAUGGAGUGAAGGAGCUCCGGAGUGAUUUAUGUGUUUGAGCAAUAAACCUGAGAUAAUUACUGCCGGUGUCUCACUUCUGUGGGAGAGCCAAGCCAUUACAGUGCGUCUUAUGGAGCGAAUGCAGGCUCCAUGGCUUCAGUGAAAGCAAUGCGGAACCUCCGGAGCGCAGCGGGAGGUUAUCCCUGAAGCCAGGAGAGCAAGAGGGGUCAGUGCGCACCAACCCCUCUUGCUCUCCUGGCUUCAGGGAUAGCCGCCCGAAGCCUCCGGAGCACAGUGCGUGGCUAUCCCAUAAGCCAGGACAGCCAGUGGGAUCACAGUGCUGCGAUCCCGCUGGCUGUCCUAGCUUCUUGCUUGGCCGUGCGCAGCCUCUCCCGGGCAAGGGGAGCCUUCAUCCCCUGCCCAGAAGAGGCUACGCACGGCUAUCCCAUAAGCCAGGACAGCCAGUGGGAUCACAGUGGGAAUAUAUUUUUUCGUGUUUUCCUCUUCCGAAAUCUAGGUGCGUCUUAUGGUCUGGUGCGUCUUAUAGAGCAAAAAAUACGGUAUAUACAACCCGAGCCUAAUAUGGAAGGGUUCACAGCAUUAACUCCCCAAAAGGAAUGGCUUCUCCCAUACUCAUAGCCUAGGAAUUGAGCAGAAAUCUAAUAAUAAUAAUAAUAAUAAUAAUAAUAAUAAUAAUAAUAAUUUUAUACUAAGGUUACCAGAUUUUUUUCAAUAAAUCUGGGGACACUGUUCAACUUCAAUGGAUUUUGUAUGGGGAUUGAUUUGUAAAUCCGGGGACUGUCCCCGGGAAACGGGGACGUCUGGUAAACUUAAUUUAUACCCCACCCACCUGGGCAGCUCCCAACAGAAUAUUAAUAACAUGAUAAAACAUAAAACAAUAAAAACUUCCCUGAACAUGGCUGCCUUAAGAUGUCUUCUGAAUGUCAGGUAGUUGUUUAUCUCUUUGACAUCUGAAGGGAGGGCGUUCCACAGGGCAGGGGCCACCACUGAGAAAGCCUUUGCCUGGUUCCCUGUAGCUUUGCUUCUUGCAGAGAGGGAACCACCAGAAAGCCCUUGGAGCUGGACCUCAGUGUCUGGGCCUAACGAUGGGGCUGGAUACACACCUUCAGGUAUACUGGGCUGAGGCCGUUUAGGGGCUUUCAAGGUCAGCACCAACACUUUGAAUUGUGCUUAGAAACGUACUGGGAGCCAAUGUAGGUCUUUCAGGACUGGUGUUAUAUGGUCUUGGUGGCCACUCCCAGUCAAGCAUGGCUCUCUCUCUCUGGCUUCUGCCUGCAGCCUGUUUUCUGCUCUCAGCUCACACACAACUGCUUGGGCAAAUGUCCCUCUAGAUACCAGCCGGGUGAGGAGGGGGAAAGAUUCCUCAUGGGGUCCCUGCCAUGGGAGCAUAUUCACCCAGUGCUAUACCAGUUGCACUUGCUCCCGGUGGAGUAUCGGGUCAGGUUUAAGGUGCUGGUUUUGACCUUUAAAGCCCUUUAUGGCUUAGGGCCCUCGUAUUUACGGGACCGCCUCUCCCAGUAUGCCCCACAGAGGACCUUAAGGUCCAUGAUUAAUCAUAGUUUAGAGGUCCCUGGCCCUAAGGGAGUAUCCUCCACUAUGGCCAGGGCCUCCUCAGUGAUGGCUCCGACCUCGUGGAAUGCUCUGUCCCAUGAGACCAGGGCCCUGCAGGAUUUAACCUCCUUCAGCAGGGCCUGUAAGACAGAGCUAUUCCACCUGGCUUUCAAUUUGAACUUAGCCUGAUCUUUUAUUCCUCUUCCUUCCCUCCCCCUCCCCUUUUUAUGAAGAUUACCCGCUCUGGGAUCCCACAGCUAAUUCUCCCCUGGUCUCCUCGCUGGCCCAAAUAGGACUAAUUUAGCCAGCUAGCCCUGGUGAUCAUCUAAUGUUUAUUGGAUGGAUUUCCCCUAAAUUGAUUUUUGAAUUCUGAAUUUAUUGUUAUUCACGUUUUAUACAGUAUUUUAUGCUGGUUUUUUGUUGUACCAAUUAAGUGUUUUAAAAUUGUUGUUAGCUGCCUUGAGCCCGGUUUUCUGAGCCGGGAAGGGAGGGGUAUACAAAAAAAAUAUUAUUAUUAUUAUUAUUAUUUGCCCAGAAGGGCCCCACUGCUUCUUUUGUUACGCAAAUGAUGGCCGUUCUCUCGCAAAGAAACUUGCCUGACUAGUUGAAGGAUGGAAUCCUCCAUUAGAUUUUAAUGCUUCAGGACAUCAGGGACUCAGGCAUCAUGCAGACUAGCCCUACAAAGUCACCGCAACAGUGCCGAGGGACCACCCUCUAGAGCGGGGGGUCCGACUUUUCAUAGCAAGUGGGCUGCAAGAGUACUUCGAAAUGGGACCCGUCAGAAAGGUAUUAAGUUUCAAACUGUGUGUUUUGAGAGAGAAUCCACUAACAACCUGUAUUUCUAGUUACAGGUAGGUAGCCACCAUGUUAGUCUGCCAUAGUCGAAACAAAAUAAAAUAGUAAUAAUAAAAAUUCCUUCCAGUGACACCUUAGAGACCAACUAAUUUUGUUAUUGGUAUGAGCUUUCGUGUGUGCUACUGCUCAUACCAAUGACAAACUUAGUUGGUCUCGGUCCGUAUAGUUAAAGCUAUGGUUUUCCCAGUAGUGAUGUAUGGAAGUGAGAGCUGGACCCUAAAGAAGGCUGAUCACCGAAGAAUGGAUGUUUUUGAAUUAUGGUGCUGGAGGAGACUCUUGAGAGUCCCAUGGACUGCGAGAAGAUCAAACCGAUCCAUUCUGAAGGAAAUCAGCCCUGAGUGCUCACUGGAGGGACAGAUCCUGAAGCUGAGGCUCCAAUACUUUGGCCACCUCAUGAGAAGAGAAGACUCCCUGGAAAAGACCCUGAUGUUGGGAAAGAUGGAGGGCACAAGGAGAAGGGGACGACAGAGGACGAGAUGGUGGGACAGUGUUCUUGAAGCUACCAGCAUGAGUUUGACCAAACUGCGGGAGGCAGUGGAAGACAGGAGUGCCUGGCGUGCUCUGGUCCAUGGGGUCACAAAGAGUUGGACACGACUAAACAACAACAAAGUGCUACUGGAAGGAACCUGUAUUUCGAGAGAAAAUGGUUUAGAAAUGCGGGGUUUCAUGCUGGCUUAUUUUUAUUUUUAUUUAAUUGCAUAUUAGGGCAAAGAAAGGAAAAUGGACUUGUGGGUGAGAAACAUGACAUGACCCAGACCAGCAAAUACUUAUUCAUUCCUACUUGGACUUGUCCCCCUUCCCAUUCAGCAUAGCAAAGACCAUGACUAUUCUUGUUUCGUUCAGUUCUGCAGGUAUUGAUUAUUUCCCCCUACUUGGCCAUCCUCCUCUGCCUUCUCUUCAUACCCCUGGGGUUCCAUUCUCCCUGUAUUAUGGAGAAGGGGGCGCUGGGUCCCAAGCCGCACCUGAUUGGCCACAGAGGAGCACCAAUGGUAGGUUGAGUUGGAAGGCGGGGGGGACGGACUUCAGAAUAACCUGACGCCAUUACGCUUCCUCCCCUUUCGGAUAGUUGGUUUGUUUUUAACCUUUAUAGAAAUCCAAACCAUUUUUCUCACCUGAUGAAGAGCUGAUGUUGAUUUAAAGCAGAGCCUGUCGUGCCCAGCGGAAGGAUGAGUAAUACGUGCUACAUACUCUUUAUUGCUUUAUUUACAGUUCAAAGCUGGUAUAUUACAGAAAGACAUCUUGCCUCUCUGGAGCAGAAAAUGCAUCCUCUCUCCUCAACAGCUUGGAGAGAAUCACAGAGUGAAAAACAGGAAACCAGUGUACGUCACAUCCAGUCUCCCUUUCCCGUGAGAAACUCCAACAGUACAGACUGUGGAAUGUAAACACCUGUCUGGUGACAAGCAGAGCUGCACAGUGAAGGAAAGCAGAAACCAACAUCCUCCCCUUUCUGUGAACAUCACUGGGCAGCGUGUUUGCACAAUAUCAGUACAAACCCAACUUCUGCACAUAGGUACAGUGUUGAUCCCUCGAUACAAUCUUGGACAAUACAUCAGCAGGAAUUUCAUUACCUGGCAUAUGGGACACCGUUACGAGUCCCUUCUGAAUACAUUCCCUAGCAUGCUGCAACUUUAAUUGCAAGUGCUUUGUGCUUUGCUUACAACCUUCAGACUUCAGCAAAGCCAAACAUGCUUUGUUGUCCUGGUAAACCUGGAUUGGACAUUUGACAGGAAUUUUCAUAUCUUUGCACAAUUGUACUAACCAUUCACAAUCCUUAAGUGAAUAAGACAGUGCAUUCAGUUCGGCUUCACAAGUACUUAAGCUAACUGUUGUUUGCUUCUUGCAUGACCAAUCAAACAGACUCUGAUUGUACAUGUAGCAAACUCCAGACGUACUUUUCCUGUCUGUAGCGUCACUUCCAAAACUUGCAUCUGCAAAUAUCUCAAGACCACCAGACUUCUGAUUGUUAAAUCUCAGUCUGUAAUGCAUAGUGCCUUUCAAAUACCGCGCUAUGCGUUUGAGAGCUUUCCAAUCCUUGACACUAGGAUUGUUGACUUGUCUGCUUAGCAAAUUACAGCUAACAGCAAUGUCUGGUCUUGAACAUCUGGCAAUGAAGUUUAGCUUGCCUAGCACACUUCUGUACAGUGUAGUGUCAGAAAAUGCUUCUUCAGUGUCAUCUACCUGAUAACCUGUUGUCAUCGGUGUGUCUACAGGGUUAGCAUCCAUCAGAUUUAGUUUGCUUAACACAUCAGCAAUUUUCCGUGACUGGUGUACUAGAAUGUUACCAUCUUGAUCUUUCUCUAUUUCCAGAGAUAGGUAGUUGUUUACCUCACCAAGAUCUUUCAUGUCAAAGUGCUUUUUCAGUUGAGCUAGGGCGCUAUUGUACAUUGCGACAUCUUUCCAAAAGAAUAAUAAAUCAUCAACAUAAAACAAACAGUACAGUUUCUUUUGCCCCUCCUCUUUGACAAAUACACAUGGAUCAGCUUUCCCUUGCUGAAAACCUAGAGAAAACAAUACUUCAGUGAGUUUUGUGUGCCAACACCGUGCACUUUGUUUGAGACCAUAAAGGGAUUUCUUCAGAGCACAAACAAAUCCCUGUUUUACCUGUACGCCAUCAGGUGGAAGCAUAUAAAGUGAUUCAUCUAGAGAUCCGUACAGAAAAGCUGUAUUAAUAUCAUGGUGACUAAUGUGUAGAUUUUCCUCUGCAGCUAGCUUGAGCAUAAGCCUAAUGCUUUCAUAUCUCACUGUGGGUGAAUAGGUCUCGUGAUAGUCUUCACCUGGUACCUGUGCAAAACCUCUGGCUACCAAUCUGGCUUUGUGUCUGACUAUCUUGCCAUUUUGAUCUGUCUUCGCUUUGAAGACCCAUUUGCUUCCAAGCAGUUUCAUUCCUGGAACUACUGGAACUAGCUCCCAUGUUUUGUUCCUUUCUAAGGAAUCAAGCUCAGCCUUCAUGGCAUUUAACCAUGGCUCAGCUUCCUUUGAAUCCAAACCCUGGAUUUCUUGGAAACUUGAAGGUUCAAAUACCUUCUUGGAGCUUUUAACAGCUGUUACUGCUAUCGUAGCAAACUCAUCAGCAAAUCUCUUUGGAGGUUUGCCUUUGUGGCUCUCUGUGACCUACGAAUUAGCCUUAAGUCUUCAACACUCUCCUCUUCCUUCUUAGGAGAAAAACGACCUAUUGUGAACAAUGGUUCCUCCAAUUCUUGAUCAGAGCUUUCAGAGGGUCGCAUAGAGGCUUUCGCACUCUUGAAAUCCUCUGAAUCACCCGAUUCAGUUUCAGAUUCAGACUCAGAACCUUCAUCAGUGGGUGUGGGCUGUUGUGGUUGCUUUUGACUAUCCUCAGUCUCAUCACCGUCAUCAGGAUAACAUUGGAAAAUUCCCACAUUCUCCCCCACUUUGCAUUGUACUCGACACUUCUCGUGAGCUUAAUUGUCUUAGAGUCAGUCAUCAUUAUUCUGUAAGACCCUUUCUGAUAACCUAGAAAGAUACCAUGCAAUCCACGCUUGUCUAACUUGGAGUUUUGUGGUGAGCGAACCCACAUGUCAGAACCAAAAUCUUCAUGUGUUUGAUGUAUGGCUUCUUGCCAAACAUCUUCUCAUAGGGGGUACAACCAAUCGCUGAAGAUAAUCUGCGAUUGUAACUGUAAACAAAACACGAGAGAGAUUCGGCCCAAUAACUCUCUGGAAGAUUGGCAUCAUGCAGCAAGGUUUUUAACCCUUGAAGCAGUGUCUGAUUUGCCCGUUCCGCAAGUCCAUUCUGCCAUGGCGAGCGAGGACUAGACAAAUCGUGUUGAAUUCCUUUCUCAGUCAGAAAAGCUUCAAACUGCUGAGAAGUGAAUUCCCCCCCGCAAUCACUGAAAAGAGUCUUUAUCUUCUUACCAUGCACAUUUUCCAACCAAGCACAGAAUUCCUUGAACCUAGGAAAAGCCUCCGAUUUCUGCUUGAGAUUGUACACAAAAAUGUAUCUAGAAAAUGCAUCAAUGAGAACCAUGAAGUAUCUAUUUCCACCCAAAGAGGGCGUUAGUGGUCCAACCAAAUCAGCAUGAACAACCUGGUAUGGUUCUGUAGCUGUCCUACUAGACACCUUACCUUUCGCAGCCAUUUUGACCUUGUUUGCUGCGCAUGCUUUGCACUUCAUGUGGUACCUGCAGGGUUUAAUAGUCAUACCUUCAACCAAGGCAGGCAUUUUAGAUACUGCCUCAAAAUGCAAAUGACCAAAUUUUCGAUGAAAAUCGUGAAUACACUCUGCAUGCAAACUUUUGUUAGAACCUGCAAUGCAACAAGUGUCAUCCUGCACCACAUCAUCAUAAUACAAAACAAACAAAUGAUCAACAUAUUCUGCAUGCAAUACAUAAUCAUUUUUCUUUGUGAUGAUGCACUUCUUGUUCUUGAAGGAAACGUCAAUGUUCCGCUCAUUCAGCUGUCCAACGCUGAGCAGAUUAUGUUUGGCGUCUGGCACGUAAAGCACAUUCUGUAUCGAUAAGUCCAAACUGUGAAGAACAACAGUUCCGUAGCCUUUACUGGGAAUAGUGUGGUCAUCCGCCUGGUGAAUCGCACCUUCCUGCGGUGUAAAAGACACAAACAGUUUCUUAUCGUUGCACAUGUGGUGGGUGGCCGCUGAAUCAACAACGAAGAAAGAUCUAGACGUCUUCUGGACCUCUGCAACCUUUGGAGUGAAGCGUGAAACCAUAGCCUUGUGCUGCGUUGUCCUAGACACCGGACCUUUGCCUUUGCCUCGGCCUUUUCCGCGCGAUGAGCUUUCGCUGCGCUGCUCUGUCUUGGCCCUGGGAUGUCUGCAUUCCCUCUUCAUAUGGCCUAGACGUCCACACGAGUAGCAUUUCACUGCCUCCAAAGCUUUGGCGCCAUCUGGUGGUUCCACUGCACUAUGGGAUGACGUCUGUGAAGACUCCCCCUGGCCCCUGCAGCUAGCACCCCGGCGAUCUGCUACCAUUACAAUCACGCCACUAACACAGUCCACUGUCAGCUGAGCAGUUGGUUGCACAGCAAUCUGGGUUGCAACAGACUCCCAACCUGAACCCAAAGAUUGUAGUAUCAUGAAAGAAUACACAGCCUCUGGAAAGUUGAGUCUCUCUCUCUCUCUGUUGCAGCUCAUGUCUCAGAUUUUGCAUCUCCAUCAAAUGUAAACGCACAUCUCCACCUUCAGCAAGAGCCAUAUUAUGCAGCUUAUUAAAAUAAUACAUAGUGGAUCCAGCUUCUGUCCUUAAGUGAGCCUCUCUCAGAGCGUCCCAAAUUUCUCUGGCUGAGGUCUUAUCACGCAAUAGACAGAGCUCUUCUGGGGAUACUAUCAAUGUAAGAGUUCCCCUUGCUUUGGAAUCCUUAGCUUCCCAUGCAUCUGUAACUGGAACUGGGGGUUCCUGUAAUCACCUCAAACAAACCCUCUUUCCGCAGAAUUGCCUCUGCAUACUGAACCCAGUCGCUGUAAUUUUUCUUGUUGAGCUUAGGAAUCCCACAAGCAUCCUGAAGGGCCAUCAUGACUCUGGCAUUAGCCUUCAGCGUCAUAUGCUGCUUUAAAUCUUGCUGCGUCACUGCUGCAGCUGCCUUAUCACAAAGGCACACUUAAAAGUUACUUUCGAUUUCCCCAGCAUAGUGACUUGUGCCUGGGAGCCUUUUGCCUAUUCCCGGCAAAACCGGCUUUAAAAGUUCAAAGUCCAGCCAUAAAGCCAUUAACUUGAAGCUGGCAGGCUGCCCGGAGCAGUAGCACAUACCUCAUCAAUCACUUCUACGCGCAGAGCAGAUUCCUUUCCGAUCCGUCCCUCUGCAUUCCGAUCCUCUGCCGGCACUCCGAUUCGACCUCUGGAGCCCAUAACCACGUGUUGAUUUAAAGCAGAGCCUGUCGUGCCCAGCGGAAGGAUGAGUAAUACGUGCUACAUACUCUUUAUUGCUUUAUUUACAGUUCAAAGCUGGUAUAUUACAGAAAGACAUCUUGCCUCUGCUGGAGCAGAAAAAUGCAUCCUCUCUCCUCAACAGCUUGGAGAGAAUCACACAGUGAAAAACAGGAAACCAGUGUACGUCACAUCCAGUCUCCCUUUCCCGUGAGAAACCCCAACAGUACAGACUGUGGAAUGUAAACACCUGUCUGGUGACAAGCAGAGCUGCACAGUGAAGGAAAGCAGAAACCAACACUUUGCCACCAUUUAAUACUACUACUACUACUACUACUACUACUACUACUAUAUUAUUUAUACCCCGCCCAUCUGGCUGGGUUUCCCCAGCCACUCUGGGCGGCUUCCAAUAAAACAAAUAAAAUACAAUAACCUAUUAAACAUUAAAAUCUUCCCUAAAAGUUUGGUAGUUAUUUUUCUCUUUGACAUCUGGUGGGAGGACAUUCCACCGGGCGGGUGCCACUACCGAGAAGGCCCUCUGUCUGGUUCCCUGUAACCUCACUUCUCGUAAUGAGGGAACCGCCAGAAGGCCCUCGGCGCUGGAUCUCAGUGUCCGGGCUAUGAUGGGGGGUGGAGACGCUCCUUCAGGUAUACUGGACGUUUCUGUUGGUCAUACUCAAUUAGGGACUUCGGACGACAGUCAACAUGUGUGCCGUUACACACAAACAAGAUGAAUUUUAACAGGGAGAAAUGUAAAGUAUUGCACUUGGGCAAAAAAAAUGAGAGGCACAAAUACAAGAUGGGGGACACGUGGCUUGAGAGCAGUACAUGUGAAAAGGAUCUAGGAGUCUUGGUUGACCACAAACUUGACAUGAGCCAACAGUGUGACGCGGCAGCUAAAAAGCCAAUGCAAUUCUGGGCUGCAUCAAUAGGAGUAUAGCAUCUAGAUCAAGGGAAGUAAUAGUGCCACUGUAUUCUGCUCUGGUCAGACCUCACCUGGAGUACUGUGUCCAGUUCUGGGCACCACAGUUCAAGAAGGACAUUGACAAACUGGAACGUGUCCAGAGGAGGGCAACCAAAAUGGUCAAAGGCCUGGAAACGAUGCCUUAUGAGGAACGGCUAAGAGAGCUGGGCAUGUUUAGCCUGGAGAAGAGGAGGUUAAGGGGUGAUAUGAUAGCCAUGUUCCAAUAUAUAAAAGGAUGUCACAUAGAGGAGGGAGAAAGGUUGUUUUCUGCUGCUCCAGAGAAGCGGACACGGAGCAAUGGAUCCAAACUACAAGAAAGAAGAUUCCACCUAAACAUUAGGAAGAACUUCCUGACAGUAAGAGCUGUUCGACAGUGGAAUUUGCUGCCAAGGAGUGUGGUGGAGUCUCCUUCUUUGGAGGUCUUUAAGCAGAGGCUUGACAACCAUAUGUCAGGAGUGCUCUGAUGGUGUUUCCUGCUUGGCAGGGGGUUGGACUCGAUGGCCCUUGUGGUCUCUUCCAACUCUAUGAUUCUAUGAUUCUAUACACAAUACACAAGACCGUCGUGGCGAAUAUUUGCACAGUGCCUGGGUAGGGGAACUUUUUCAGUUCGAGGGCCACAUUUAAUUCAGGUUAGCUUUCCAGGGGCCACAUGCCACGAGUGGACAAGGCCAGGGGCAAAAAGAAGAAGUGAAUUUUACAAGUGUGCAGUUGUCUUGUUUCUCCAUGCAAUCCCAUAGCUCUAUCCAGGCCAGUCAGAAACCUUAUCAGAAUUCAUUUCAAGGAAGGAUGCGAAAGAUUUGUAAUUUAUUUAAGAGACCACUGUAAGCAGAUGGAAACAUUAGCAGGAUUUUAACAACACUUGUAAAUGUAACAAAUGCGUUGGAUAAUAUGGAGAGAUAUUAAAAUAUUGAUGGUGAAAUAAUAUGCAGUUGGAAAACAUGACAAUAGGACCCGUGGAGAGGAUGGAGGGAAGUCUAGAGAUUCAAAGGAAUCUCUAAAUCUGAGCAUGUAUUUGCUACUGUUAAAAUGUUACACUUGUAAAAUCAAAUAAAAAUUAUUUACCAAUAAUUUAAAAAAGCAUUCUCAGAGUUCCUUUCCAAGAAAUGCUCAAGGAGGUUGCAAAACAGGGAUUGGGGCUGUUUGCCCAUCCGUCAUGUCUUCCUCUCUCAUUUUUAUAACAGGUAGCUCCCGAAAAUACAGAGAUGUCGUUCAGAAAAACUGCCGCUUACGGUGCUAUUGGCUUUGAGACGGAUGUCAAAAUUAGGUGAGCUUCUGGAGCACAGCUUCCCAGAUGGGGUCAAUAUUUUUUUUCCAUAUGUGCUCUGCUGUCUUAAGGGAUCAUUACUGCCUGCUGUGUUUAAACCAUCCCUUUCAACUCACAAACUGUCGCUGGCGUCUUGGUGCUGCUUUAAGAACCUGCUAGAUCAGGCCAGGGGCCAGUGCCGGAUUUACGUUGAAGCUAAACAAGCUAUAGCUUAGGGCCCCACUCUCUUGGGGCCCCCAAAAAAAUUAAAGGGGAAAAAACGGGAUGUACAUUUCCAAAAUAUAAGAUAAAAAAACAAAUAAAUUAAAGCUACGUACAGCAACAGUGUAGGCUCCUAUGAUGUAAGUCAUGGGCCCCGCCCGCUAGCCUGCUCCCUCAAAUAUCAAUGGUUUCAGGCCGGCGGUUCGAAUCCCCGUGACGGGGUGAGCUCCCGUUGCUCUGUCCCAGCUCCUGCCAACCAAACAGUUCGAAAGCACGCCAGUGCAAGUAGAUAAAUAGGUACCACUCGAGCAGGAAGGUAAAUACCGUUUCCAUGCACUCUGGUUUCCAUCACGGUGUCCCGUUGCACCAGAAGCAGUUUAGUCCUGCUGGCCACAUGUCUAUGGACAAACGCCGGCUCCCUCGGCCUGAAAGCAAGAUGAGUGCCGCAACCCCAUAGUUGCCCUUGACUGAACCGUCCAGGGAUCUUUUACCUAUCUUACCUUUACCUCUCACUGGGCGUGUGAGAAGCCCACAAGCAGGGCAUGAGCUCAACAGGACUCUGCCCACCUGCGAUUCGCAGAGACUGCUAUUCAGAGGCAUAAUUCCUCUGACAGUGGAGCCAGAACAUAGCCAUGGUUCUUAGUAGCCGUCCAAAUAAAUCACUAUGGUUUCCCACUAUCCCCUGAAAACUGGAACCAUAGAGAAUACGUGACACAUCUCAGCUGUUCUCAGGCGACCUGGCGAACGGCCUACCUAAGACCCCAAGCGUGACGCGCGAAAUUGCUUUUCUGUUUUGAACAGCUUGGACGGCGUCCCCUUCCUCAUGCACGACAAGACGUUAGAAAGGACCACCAACAUUGAGGCUGUCAAUCGCACGUGGGCGAAGGCGCUUGCUGACUACUUCCCCUGGAGCGAACUGGAGAAGCUGAAUUCUGGAAAUUGGUUCUUUGAGGUAUGUUUGAAGGGGACUUGAAAUGGAACUCAGCCCAUCACAUCUCCCAAGUUGGCUUCUGGGGAGCUGAGCAGUGGAAUAGCCCUCCGAGAGCAGGUUUGCCCAUGUUUGCAACUACAGCCCGGGCCUCUGCGUGGUCUGCCUCACCCAAACUACCACUGUCCGCCUUAGAGCUCACCCAAAUGACCCUCCAUUCGCCAUACAUCUUACCCACGUUGCCGCCCAUAUUCACUCUUCUCCCCAGCCCCUCCCUCCCUCACCAAACCCCCAUUCCCCUUGGACUUCACCAACUCUCCUGUAUGCCUUUCCAAGCCAUUCCUCUUACAGCUCACCCAAACUCCCUCUCGCUGCUCUGAGGUCACCCAGACUUACAACUCAGCCAGACAACCAUAGACCUCCUUAGGCCACAACAGUUUCCAUUUUGGGGGCCCUGAAGUUUGAACCGUUAUGGGCGUCUCUUCUUAAACAGCAAUGAGGUCUGGGUAACCAGUGAUUUUACUAUUAUUAUUAUUAUUAUUAUUAUUAUUAUUAUUACUACUACUACAGUGGACACUCGUGUUGCGAACGUGAUAUGUGCAGGAAGCACGUUUGCAACCCGCAGCGCUGCGUCUGCGCAUGGGCGGGUUGCGAUUCAGCGCUUCUGUGCAUGCACAAAGCAUGAUUUAGCACUUCUGCGCAUGCGCAAGCGCCGAAACCCAGAAGUAACCCAUUCUGGUACUUCCGGGUUCGGUGAGGUGCGCAAAUCCAAAAUUGCGCAACCCAAAGCGCCUGUAACCCAAGGUAUGACUGUAUUAUUAUUUACCCUAUUCAUCUGACUGGGUUACUAGUAUAUCACAGAAUCAUUACAGGAAGGUGUAAACUUACAGCACAGACUGCAAAGCUAUACUGAUGUUACAGACGCAGGUUGGACACCACAGGAGUGAGAAGUCAUAGAACCAUAGAAUUGUAGAGUUGGAAGGGACCCAAGGGUCAUCUAGUCCAACCCCCUGCAAUGCAGGAAUCUCAGCUAAAGCAUCCAGGACAGAUGGCCACCCAACCUCUGCUUAAAAACCUCCCAGGAAGGAGAGUCCACCACUUCCCAGGGGAGUCCGUUCCACUGUCGAACAGCUCUUACCAUCAGAAAGUUCUUCCUGGUAUUGUGUCGGAAUCUCUUUCUUGUAACUUGAAGCCAUUGGUUCGAGUCCUACCCUUCUUUGUUGUUCCACGACAGAGUACCACAAUUAUAUAUUUUUUAAAUUAACUACUACAUCUUAGAUUUUGAUUCAAAUAGCUGCACUGGAUAGCCUCAUAUGUCAAAGUCACUUGUGUGAAUAAAAAUUUCCUAUGCCUUAUAGUUUUCGAGUCGUGCGACACAAAUUGGGUCUACUAGACACAAAAAGCAGGGACAUGGGUGGCGCUGUGGGUUAAACCACUGUGCCUCUUGGGCUUGCCGAUCGAAAGGCCAGCAGUUCGAAUCCCCGUGACAGGGUGAGCUCCUGUUGCUCGGUCCCAGCUCCUGCCAACCUAGCAAUUCAGAAGCACACAGUGCAAGUAGAUAAAUAGGUACCGCUCUGGUGGGAAGGUAAACAGCAUUUCCGUGCGGCUGCUCUGUGCUGGCCACAUGACCCAGAAAAACUGUCUGCGGAAGCGGACAAAUGCCGGCUCCCUCAGCCUUUAAAGCGAGAUGAGUGCCACAACCCCAGAGUCGUUCGUGAUUGGACUUAAUUGUCUGGGGGUCCCUUUAUCUUUAGACACACACAGAAAAAUAAAGAAAUGUGGACUUAGGACACUUCUGGGGCCCCUCUGUGAUUGGGGGCCCCGGAGCCAAAGUUUUGUUAGUUCCAUAGUUGAUCUGCCCCUGACAGUUUCAUUGGUGUUAGAUGGGCAGUGGCAGUGGCAGCAGAGCAGGACAGUCGCUGAUCUGCCCUGCUUUUCUGUUCCUACUCACCUGGGCUGCCCCUUUGCUCACGGAGGCCACCUCCCUGCCUGCUUGCUCACUUGUCUGGGCUGCCUCCCCACCUGCAUCUGAUCCUCAGCUGCCAAAGCUACUAGAGGUUUAAAGACUCUCUCAAGGCAAAUCUAAAAAAAUGUAGUAUAAACACUGACAACUGGGAAACACUGGCCUGCAAGUGCUCCAGUUGGAGAACAGCCUUUACCAAAGGUGUCAUGGGCUUUGAAGACACUCGAACUCAGGACGCAAGGGAGAAACGUGCUAAGAGGAAGGCACACUUGGCAAAUCCACACCGUGAUCAACUCCCGCCCGGAAACCAAUGUCCCCACUGUGGAAGGACGUGUGGAUCCAGACUUGGCCUCCACAGUCACUUACGGACUCAUUGUUAAAACCGUGUUUAUGGAAGACAAUCUUACUUGGCUAUGAGUGAUUGCCAAAGACGAGAGGUACUCGGACGUUUUGGCUCCCAAAGAUCGAAAACCGGAAGUGAGUGUUCCAGUUUGCAAACCUUCUUUGGAACACGAAUGUCCGACGGGGCUUCUACGGCUUCCGAUUGGCUGCAGGAGCUUCCUGCAGCCAAUCAGAACUGUACUUUGGUUUGGAAGUUGAACGGGCUUCUGGAACAGAUUCCGUUUGACUUCCAAAGUACGACUGUAUAGCAUAGUGUGAACAGGCUACUAGUCUGUAUUCAGUCACGUUGAUGCCACACAUUUAAAGAACAUUUAUACCACCCCUCAUUGAUGCUGAGGUCCUCCUCUGAGGGCCUUCUGGUGGUUCCCUCACUGCGAAAAGCAAAGUUACAGGGAACCAGGCAGAGGGCCUUCUCGGCAGUGGCACCCUCCCAUUAGAUGCCAAGGAGAUAAAGAGCCACACAACUUUUAGAAGACAUCUGAAAGCAACCCUUUAUCAGAAAGUUUUUAAUGUUUGAUGUUUUACUAUGUUUUAUAUAUGCUGUAAGAUGCCCAGAGCGGCUGGGGAAACCCAGCCAGAUUGGCAGUGUAUUCUUAUUCUUAUCCUUAAUAAAUAAAAUGGCCAUGGCUCCCCUCACAAAGGAAUUCUGGGAACUGUAGUUUACCUCUCACAGAGCUACAAUUCCCAGCACCUUCAACAAGCUACAGCUCCUUCCCCCCCUAAUUCCUUUGCAGAAGAGGCCAUUCUUCGAAAUGCCCCCGCUCUCGCCUGAGGAUGAAAAACUGGCAAGAAAACAGAGAGUCUACAAGCUCAGCGAUCUCUUGAAACUUGCUUAUCAGGAGGACAAACUGGUCCUCUUUGAUCUUCAGCACCCUCCAGUGCAUCACCCUUACAGGGACACCUGGAUCGACAGAACCGUGGAGGUCCUCAAAAACGAAAUGGGGAACAAAUCUCACUUGGUAAGAGACGCCCCCUCCUCCAAAACCCUGCCCCUCUUUAUCCAACUUGAAUUUCCCCCCAAGUAUGUUGCGUGUGGGCCAGAUCCUGACCCAACAGGUAUCAAAUCACUGAUGGGGAUUAAAAAAAACACCACCUACAGGAAGCUUGCCUAUAUGAAGUCAGGCCAUUGGUCCAUCAAGCUCAGUAUUGUCCACACUGAUUGGCCGCAGCUUUCUAUGUCUGUAUUCUGAUCUGAACAUGUCCCCCAGCUAGAUCUCCAUCAGAGACUUUGCUGCGAUCCGUACCUCCUGAGAUAAGGGGGGUGGUUUCUGGGCAUUAGGGAUGAAAGCAAAAUUACUGUAUUUUUUGCUCUAUAAGACUCACUUUUUCCCUCCUAAAAAGUAAGGGGAAAUGUGUGUGCGUCUUAUGACGUGAAUGCAGGCUGCGCAGCUAUCCCAGAAGCCAGAAGAGCAAGAGGGAUUGCUGCUUUCACUAUGCAGCGAUCUCUCUUGCUCUUCUGGCUUCCGAGAUUCAGAAUAUUUUUUUUCUUGUUUUCCUCCUCCAAAAACUGGGUGCAUCUUGUGGCCUGGUGCGUCUUAUAGAGCGAAAAAUACGGUAAAUUCAUUUGCACACUCCAAAACAACUUGCAAACCCGAACGGGUUCACCCUUUGAAAUUUGCGCUUCUCCGAAUUUGACGAUGUUGUUCUCCAGCCAGGUAGUGGAACAGAAACGCACCUUGUUUGCGGACGUUGCUUUGCAAAAGCAGCUUGUUUUCGCAGAGGCCCACUGGUUGCAGAUAGGAAGCCCAGAAGCAGACCCUGAGUACAGCAGCUCUCCCCUCCCCCACCCAAAGAAACUUGUGAUUCCCAGCAACAUCCAUUCAAAGGCACAUUGCCUCUGGCAACAGAAGCAGUUCUCCUCUGUUAAUUUUGUCCUCAUUCAUUUAGAAAGUAAACGGUUUUCUUUGUUGCGUGGCGAGUUCCCGACUCCCCCCGAUGAAAUAAAGAUACAGGACACAAGAAUUCAGGUUAAUGGGUCAAAUUAGGCCACAACUUUACUGAUUACAGGAAUUGAGCGGUAUUGGCUUAGGCAUUGGUCCUAACUACUAACCGGCUAGAGGCCGGAAGGGUUAAUCACCAGAGGGAGGAGUCCUGCUGAGGCACGUCAACUAGGACCUCCCCCGGGGUCACUGCGUGGGGGCGUGCCGUGGGCCCACACCUCCUUAGGCUUAGGACAAGGCCACGCCCCCCGGAAUCCUUUACCGGACUACCCUUGCUUGGGGGAAGGUGAUGGCGCUCUAACCUAACCGCCAAUAUCGAAGAGUUGUGACGGUUUGCUACGAAGUAGGCAAAAACCAAAUGGCUGGAGCCAAUCUGCCAUUUGGGAAAAUUCCUGCCAGGCCCCUUGACGGCGACUAACCGUAGUUCAUAGCAACGUCAGAGAACCUAUCCUAACAGGGUGGGAUGGGCGGGAAAACCGGUUCAGCUGCAGCAGCGGAGGAAAAGAGGAGGAGCCUCGGCUGCAGCAGGUUUAAAUAGCGGAAGCCCCGCCCCUGGAGCCAGCCAAUUGGCUGGCCCGGGGUAUGACAUGGGCGGGGAUUCCCUUAGGUAUCACGGGGGCUGGAGCCAGCCCCCGUGAAUGUGGGGAAGGGGCGUGCCGCCCGCAACCCCACCACCUUGUUUAUCGCGGAAGUGGUUUUGUUGUAAGCCUGACUGAAUAUGCUUUAUAGCUAGCCCGGUUGAAAACAUUCAAAAUAAAACAACACAAACCUGCGGCAACUGCAACAAAAUGUUGCAGCGUGAAGUGCUCACUGUUCCGGCCAGCCAAAUCCUUUCGUAGGAUAUGUUGGGAUGUGUCCGGGGAGACGGGGAGCUGGUUCCAGCCCUCCUGCCGGCAGCUGGGCGAACUCUGAUUCUCAGAACAGCAUCAAAAACUGUGACUCAAGCCUCAGAGACCUUUAGAGACUGAGCACGCAAGCCAGCAGAGAUAAAAACUCUUUGCAACGGAAGUAGCCAACAGAGGCAUAUGUAAGCAUAUUUACAAGCGUUUAUUCAGCAUCAGGACAAAAGAAAAACAUGUCUGCUUCCAUUUGUGUCCAAGUAAACAGCAUAGGCAUGGGACACGGGUGGCGCUGUGGGUUAAACCACAGAGCCUAGGGCUUGCCAAUCAGAAGGUUGGUGGUUCAAAUCCCUGCGACGGGGUGAGCUCUCGUUGCUCGGCCCCUGCUCCUGCCAACCUAGCAGUUCGAAAGCACGUCAAAGUGCAAGUAGAUAAAUAGGUACCACUCCGGCGGGAAGGUAAACAGCAUUUCCGUGUGCUUCUCUGGUUCGCCAGAAGCGGCGUAGUCCUGCUGGCCACAUGACCCGGAAGCUGUACGCCGGCUCCCUUGGCCUAUAGAGCGAGAUGAGUGCCGCAACCCCAGAGUCGGUCACGACUGGACCUAAUGGUCAGGGGUCCCUUUACCUUUAAACAGCAUAGGCAAAAGCUAUAUACAACGGAAGUUCCCAGCAGACUGUGCUGGAAGUAAACAGACAUACAACUCCACAUGCUUGUUCUAAUGUGGAAUGAAACUAUAUCCUAACAGGAUACUCCAUUUGAUUUCCCUUUCUAAUCCAUUCCUCCCUCUCCAUCCCUCCUCAUUCUACAUUGGGCUACCAUAUUUCUGCAAACAUUGCCCCCUCCCCGCUGGGUUCUGACCUCCUUCUUCUUGUGUGUUGAGGGCGCCGCCGUGGCUCUAGAAGCACCUGGCUUUGCAUCUGUACCUGGAGGAUGGAAGGAAUAAUUUCUGUUCAUCUUCUGCCAAUCGCAGGUCCUAUGGCUGGAACCAAAGUAUAGAUCCAUUGUCCAGAGCUUAGCUCCUGAAUUCCAGCAGACCUCGGGCGUGGCUUACACAGUCGAGGUCCUCCAGAUGUCUCGCAUUUCCAGGCUCAACUUGGACUACAGAGAUUUGCGCUGGGUAGAUAUUCGGUAGGUUGGAUGGUGGCUAACAGUUUGAGGUUGAAUCCUGACAAGACAGAAGUACUGUUUUUGGGGGACAGGAGGCGGGCAGGUGUGGAGGAUUCCCUGGUCCUGAAUGGGGUAACUGUGCCUCUGAAGGACCAGGUGCGCAGCCUGGGAGUCAUUUUGGAUUCACAGCUGUCUAUGGAGGCACAGGUCCAUUCUGUGUCCAGGGCAGCUGUUUAUCACCUCCAUCUGGUACGCAGGAUGAGACCCUACCUGUGUGCAGACUGUCUCGCCAGAGUGGUGCAUGCUCUGGUUAUCUCUCGCUUGGACUACUGCAAUGCACUCUACGUGGGGCUACCUUUGAAGGUGACCCGGAAACUACAACUAAUCCAGAAUGCGGCAGCAAGACGGGUGACUGGGAGCGGCCGCAGAGACCACAUAACAAAGACCUACAUUGGCUCCCAGUACGCUUCCGAGCACAAUUCAAAGUGUUGGUGCUGACCUUUAAAGCCCUAAACUGCCUUGGUCCAGUAUAUCUGAAGGAUCAUCUCCACCCCCAUCGUUCUACCCGGACACUGAGGUCCAGCACUGAGGGCCUUCUGGCGGUUCCCUCACUGCGAGAAGCCAAGUUACAGGGAACCAGGCAGAGGGCCUUCUCCGUAGUGGCACCUUCCCUGUGGAACACCCUCCCACCAGAUGUCAAAGAGAACAACAACUACCAGACUUUUAGAAGACAUCUGAAGGCAGCCCUGUUUAGGGAAGCUUUUAAUGUUUGAUGUAUUACAGUAUUUUAAUAUUUUUUUGGAAGCCGCCCAGAGUGGCUGGGGAAGCCCAGCCAUAUGGGCAGGGUAUAAAUAAUAAUAAAUUAUUAUUAUUAUUAUUAUUAUUAUUAUUAUUAUUAUUAUUAUUAUAGGUUGACUCUGCCACCCACCCUCAGAGAAUAGAUCGGAAAACCGAGUCUUGAUUUCCGCAGUGAAUGUUUCGGGCAAAUUUCAGCGAGACAUUUAUGAACCGGCAGAUCAGUGGUUCCCAAAGGGGGGCGGUACCGCCCCCUGGGAGGUGGUGGGAUUGCCUGGAGGGGUGCUAAGGGGCAAGGGGGCAGCAGGAGGGUGCUGGAAGUGGCGAUUUAAGACCCCCGCUGAGUGACUUCAACCCACAUAUUGGGAAACUGGUAUCCCUCCAUCAAGUCCACUCAUCACAUUAAGAGUUUACUGAGUAGUUUCUAAGUGCCUAAAAUGGGGAGCCUGAGUCAAAAUACCUCCAGGGCAAAUGCCUGUUCUUGAAGCUGAGCUAUGGAACUCCUUGCCACAAGGCCGAUGCUGCUGCAGAGAAUUUAGCAAUACUGAAAGACGGCUUAGGUAGCACUGGGGAAUGAUGAUGGCCCUUACUAGCUGAUUAAUAAUAAUAAUAAUAAUAUUUUUUUCAUUUAUACCCCGCCCUCCCCAGCCAAGAGCGGGCUCAGGGUGGCUAACAAGCAAUAAUAAAAACAAGUUGAUUGAAAUACAACUUAAAAAACAAGAUUAAAAUACAACAUUAAAACAAUUAAAACAUUAAAAUUCAGCCUCAUCACAGGAGGAGAAAGGAAAAAAGAAAGGCGGGGAGGGAAUCAAAUUGAUUCUAAGCCAAAGGCCAGGCGGAACAACUCUGUCUUACAGGCCCUGCGGAAAGAAAUCAGAUCCUGCAGAGCCCUGGUCUCAUGAGGCAGAGCGUUCCACCAGGCCGGAGCCAAUGUUGAAAAGGCCCUCACUCUUGUUGAAGCUAAUCUAACUUCCUUAGGGCCCGGGACCACUAGGGUGUUGCUAUUUAUGGACCUUGAGGCUCUCCGUGGGGCAUACCAGGAGAGGCUGUCCCGUAGGUACGAGGGUCCUAGGCCAUGAAGGGCUUUAAAGGUCAAAACCAGCACCUUGAACUUGACCCUAUACUCCACCGGGAGCCAGUGCAACUGGUAAAGCACUGGGUGAAUAUGCUCCCAUGGCAGAGACCCCGUGAGGAGCUUCGCUGCAGCAUUCUGCACCCGCUGGAGUUUCUGGGUCAGCUUCAAGGGCAGCCCCACGUAGAGCCAGUUACAGUAGUCAAGCCUGGAGGUGACCGUCGCAUGGAUCACUGUGGCCAGGUUGGGGCGGGAAAGGUAAGGGACCAACUGCUUGAUGCGCCGAAGGUGGAAAAAUGUCGCCUUAGCUGUUGCUGUAACCUGCAACCAUUCUGCCCAACUCGGCCUCUGCCCACCACUGGCUUUGCCCCAGCGUCACCAUUUUGUGACUGGUGGGCUCCGUAAUUUGCAGCCACUGAAAGCAGGGCCUCAAGAACUCCCUGGCCUAAGACGAACCCCUGUGCUUACUUGACAGGGAAUAUGCAAAAGCCAACAUCUCAACCAACCUCUGGGUGGUCAGCGAGUCAUGGCUGUUCUCCCUGGCGUGGUGUUCUGGGGCCGAUUCCGUCACCACCAAUGCUGUCCACACCCUGGGGAACCUCCAGCGGCCUCUGUUCCUCUUGGUAAGUGGAGACUGCAUCUCCCAGUCAGUGAAAGGGAACCACGACUACUUGUCGUGGUUGAUAGCCACUGAGACACCAGUACGCCACAAAGUUUGGGCUACCCUUUACAGUGGUACCUUGGUACUCAAACGCCUUGAUUCUCAAACACCGAAAACCCAGAAGUAAGUGUUCCGCUUUUCAAACGUUUGUCAGAAGCCGAACGUCUGACUCGGCUGUCGGAUAUUGUUUCCGGGGCGCCUGCACCAAUCAAAAGCUGCGCCUUGGUUUUCGAACAUUUCAGAAGUCAAAUGGACUUCCGGGAACAGAUUAAGUUUGCACUUUUGUUUUUGCUAUUUAUUUUGCAUUUUCGUUUUUGAGGCUUUUUUGGUUAAUUUUUGUGUGUGACUGUGUGGAACCCAGUUCAGCUACUGAUUGAUAGAAUGUGUGACUGCAGAAAUGGAUAAAAGCCCCCCAUCCAAACAAUGACUAUCAUCAGUGCAGGGAAGAAAAAAAAUUAAUUGUAUUUUUUAUCAUCUACAAUACUGUCUUAUUUAUUUUAUAGUACAGCACAUUGAUUAUUGCUUUCAUUUUAUGGAUCAAUGGUCUCGUUAGGUAGUAAAAUUCAUGUUAAGUUGCUGUUUCAGGGGUUGUUUUUCAAAGUCUGGAACGGAUUAAUUUGUUUUGCUUUGCUCUCUAUGGGAAGGCGCACCUUGGUUUUGGAACGCUUUGGUUUUGGAACGGACUUCCGGAACGGAUUAAGUUUGAGAACUAAGGUACUUGGUACCACUGUACUUAAAGGGUACUUAAGUACCACUGUACUUAAAAAACGUGUUCACUUAUGGCAGACUAUCAUUUAUAAGAGAGUUGGUUUGAGUGAGGUUUCACUGCCCAUCUCCAGACAUUCCAAGCGCCAUUAUUUUCCAGAGACAGGCCCAGAUUUACAGAAGCCGUCCCGGUUUCUGAUUUGAUCCCAGAAUGCCCCACUUUUCCUUAGGACAUCCCCAUUUUCGCCGGAGAAAUGUUGGCGGGUACGGAUAGGACGUCCCUAUUUUCAUCGAACUGUUUCACUGUCAAAUGGUCCAGGUUCUUCUUUCUCAUCAUUCUUUUCAGAGUCCCACCCCCUCUCUGCAGUUUCACCUUGAGGUGUGACUCCAGUUUGUCCCCUGUUCUGUUACAGACACCCGGCGAGUACCGGAGUAUGUGGAUAGCGACAGACGUCUUGGCGGUCCUCUUCAUCCUUCUCAUAUUCGCUUUUCACUGGUAAAUACUUCCCCCCUCCCCAUUCACCCCCAGGGUGACAACAAGAGCAAGUCCUUCUCAAGGCCUCCAACCUUAGCUGGAGCUUCUAAGAGCAGCGGUUCUCAACCUGUGGGUCCCCAGAUGUUGUUGGACUACAACUCCCAUCUUCCCUGAACACUGGUCAUGCUGGCUAGGAAUGAUGGGAGUUGUAGUCCAACAACACCUGGGGACCCACAGGUUGAGAAACACUGCUCUAGAGGUUGGAUGCCCAUCAGUCCCGGAUGCUAUAGUUGAGAUUCCUGCAUUGCAGGGGGUUGGACUAGAUGACCCUCAGAGGUCCGUUCCAACUCGACAAUUCUAUGAUUCUGCAAUUCCUCCCGAGACAUCUGCUGGUCUUGUGUCAUCAAUGGGUUGGGGCUAGGGUCUCAACUCACUUCUGGGUCCGGUGGCAUCCCAGUAGCCCCCCCCAAGCUGCUAUGGGGUUUGGGGUGGGGCAGGUUCUGCGGUCUCCUGGCUGGCACAGUGCUGUCUUAAGAAUAUGCGGUGCUGGGGUACAAAGAUCCGCCUGGCACCCCCUUCCCCAGGUUGCCCAGUCCCAGGCGCACAGGAGGGAGGAGCCGGCCUGCGGCCUCAGCGUCUCACUGGCUCGGUCGCCCCCGAAUUCACGGCACAGAACUGCUUCUACCGGUCCACAAUAGAAAGUGUCCUUUCAUACUGCAUCACGGUGUGGUACGCUGGUUUGACAUCAUCUGAUAGGAAGUGCCUACAGAGGGUGGUGAAUACAGCACAAGAUAUUAUGGGCUGUCCCGUGAAUACGCUGGAAGAACGUUGCCUCAGGAGAGUGAGGAAAAUUCUCAGGGAUGAUUCACACCCUGGCCGGCACUUUCUUGAUCUCCUGCCCUCGGGCAGAAGAUACAGAAACAUGAUUAGUCGCACCAACAGGGUAAAGAACAGCUUCUAUCCAUGGGCUGUUAGGCUGCUGAAUGAAAAAAUAACAACAGGGCAACUGACUUUCGGGUUUGGUGGGUGUGCGUCAGUAAACGAGGGGAAUUAAGACUAAGAGAGCUGAGUGGGGGGUGCUUGUGUAAUCUCACUGUAUACAAGUUGUACAAGUGACAAUAAAGUAUUUCAAAAAAAGAGCCCUCUGCGGCAUUCCGACCGACGGGCGCACUCUUCUCCGGGCUCAAUUCUUAGGCUCCGGACUCUCAGCCUGGUGCCCCGCACCCCUAGCACCUAUGGGUAAGAUGGCCCUGCUCCUAAGGGCCAUAGCCAGUGGACUAAUUCCACAGCAUCAUCCCUUGAGAGCUGGACUGGGGGAAGAAAUCUCUUCGCUGGGUCUCUUGCCCCUCCUGGGAGCAGCCACCGAGACCACAUAACACUGGUCCUGAAAGACCUGCAUUGGCUCCUAGUACAUUUCCGAGCACAAUUCAAAGUGUUGGUGCUGACCUUCAAAGCCCUAAACGGCCUCGGCCCAGUAUACCUAAAGGAGCAUCUCCAUCCCCAUCGUUCAGCCCGGACACUGAGGUCCAGCGCAGAGGGCCUUCUGGCGGUUCCCUCACUGCGAGAAGUGAGAUUACAGGGAACCAGGCAGAGGGCCUUCUCAGUAGUGGCACCUGCCCUGUGGAAUGCCUUCCCAUCAGACGUCAAACAUAGAUAAACGAUUCUUAAAAGACACCUGAAGGCAGCCCUGUGCAGGGAAGUUCAGGGAAGUUUUUAAUGUAUGAUGUUUUAUCAUGUUUUUAAUAUUCUGUUGGGAGCCACCCAGAGUGGCUCGGGAAACCCAGCCCGAUGGGCGGGGUAUAAAUAUAUUAUUAUUAUUAUUAUUAUUAUUAUUAUUAUUAUUAUUAUUAAGCUAGUUGCCAGGGGAUUGGACUAGAUUACUCUUUGAGACUUUUCCAAUUCUUCAAUUCAAUGAUUCCAAGUUUCUCUCAAUUGAAUCCAACCCUGCUGGCAUGCGAACUCCUGUGUUUGCAAUUAAAGGAAAUUAUUUUUAGAGAGCACAGCUCACAUAUUCCCCUCCCCCACCAGUAAUCCUUACAACGGCCCCAUAAGGUAGGCCAAUAUUUGCACACACACCCACCCGUUGCAAACAGAGAGCUGGAGGUGAGUGUUGGGGUGUGUGUGUGAGUUUCAUGGAUUGUGAAUAAUAGCAUAUUCUCUCCCCCUGCCCAGGUGGAGAGAGGUGGGCUACACCUCCUACGAAGCUCAAAGCAACGGGACCUUUGAUAAUGGUCCAUGCAGCACACCUGAGACAGGUGAGCCGUGCCCUCUCUGGGGUUGUGCCCUAAGCAAACAGGAAGCUACCUUCUGGCAGGCAAGAGUAUUUGUUCAUCCAUCACCGACCCGCCACAGCUCUUAAGGAGAGCUUCCCCGCCUUCACCUGCCACAUGAUCCUUUAACUCAGGGGUGCUGACCUUUAAAGCCCUAAAGGGCCUCAGUCCAUCGUUCUGCCCGGACACUGAGGUCCAGCACUGAGGGACUUCUGGCGCUUCCCUCACUACGAGAAGCCAAGUUACAGGGAACCAGGCAGAGGGCCUUCUCGGUAGUGGCACCCACCCUGUGGAACGCCUUCCCAUCAGAUGUCAAAGAGAAAACUAACUACCAAACUUUUAGAAGACAUCUGAAGGCAGCCCUGUUCAGGGAAGCUUUUAAUGUUUAUUAGGUUAUUGUAUCUUAGUGUUUAGUUGGAAGCCGCCCAGAGUGGCUGGGGAAACCCAGCCAGAUGGGCGGGGUAUAAAUAAUAAAUUAUUAUUAUUAUUAGGAGUUGGCAAGCUUUACUGGCCAUGGGCUGGAUCACUCCCACAGAGAUUGUCCGUGGGCCGGACUGGCGUAGCUUGAUGCCCGAAAUCGCUUCUGCGCAUGCCCAGACGCUGAAAACCGCACCUGCGCAAAAGCGAUUUUUGGCGUCUGGACAUGCGCAGAAGCGAUUUCUGGUAUCUGCGCAUGCACAGACGCCAUUUCUAGCAUCACUCGGCGAGUGACACCCCGUGCCGUGCUGUUUUAGUGCAGCGCACAGGGGACUUGCUGAGCAGGUGGCUCGGUUUGCGGGUGGCUCGUGGGCCAGUAAAAUGGUCUUCGUGGGCCGCAUCCGGCCCAUGGGCCGCACGUUGCUGACCUGUGCUUUAACAGGGGGUUGGACUCGAUGGCCCUUGUGGUCUCUUCCAACUCUAUGAUUCUAUGAACUGAAGAUGGAAGGCCAUUUUGCUCAAUGAAGACCUAUGUGGAACAGGAAGUCCUUGCAGUCUCCUUCCUGCCCAGGAGCAUCCAAUGGCCAGCUUGGGUGGACAGAGCCAGACAGGGUCUGCUUUGCCGAGAGGGCAGGAAACAGCAGGUCAAAGUUUCACCAUGAGGGGCAGGUGAUGCAGCAGAUUCUCACACAAAGAAGGGAAAAUCCAAUAUAUUUCUGUCCUGCUUGGGAGCUUUCCAAAGGGCACUUGACUGAGAAUGUGAUAUACGUUGUUUGUACACACACACACACACACACACACACACACACACACACACCACGUAGAAGGAGAAGAAGAAGAAGAAGAGGAGGAGGAGGAGGAGGAGGAGGAGGAGGAGGAGUUUGGAUUUGAUAUCCCGCUUUAUCACUACCCGAAGGAGUCUCAAAGCGGCUAACAUUCUCCUUUCCCUUCCUCCCCCACAACAAACACUCUGUGAGGUGAGUGGGGCUGAGAGACUUCAGAGAAGUGUGACUGGCCCAAGGUCACCCAGCAGCUGCAUGUGGAGGAGCGGAGACGCGAACCCGGUUCCCCAGAUUACGAGUCCACCGCUCUUAACCACUACACCACACUGGCCUGAUACCCCUGCUUUCUCUGCUUGCCUACCCCAUCCCCCACACCUGACUAUACUCCCUUCGCUGUGUACCCCCCCUUUCUCCACCACAGCUUGCCUCAAGCGCCACCAACUUUUCAAGGAGCGCGGAGGCGUUUCACAGAGUGGCUUGCUAAACCGCUGUGCGAAGCAAUGGCGCCGACUUGGGCCUCACUCUCUGAGUGCCCAGCGUGGCCCGCCCACACUGUGACGUCAUGACGCACACGGCAUGACAUCAAGGCACACACUGUGACGUCAUGACAUGAUGGUGGGGGGCGAGCUCCAGUGGCGCGGCAACCGGCCCCUCCCUCCCAAACUCGAUUUUCUUUCUUCCUCCAAGUCUUGUGCUCUCUCUUCCACUCCAUACUCUUUCCAUAGAGUGGGGUUUCUGCAUGCCCACCCCUGUGUUUUGCGGGUGACCAGCCCCUAUAUGGGAAAUUUUGUGGGUGCUCAGGCACCCAGAUGCCUGGGGAGAUGGCGCCUAUGGUGUGAAGCUUGCUUCCUGUUAAACUGCAGGCACAUUUGAUGGAGGGUGCAGGUGAACAGUGGCUUCCCAAAAUCGCUUUAUGAAGCACUUCCACACCGCCACUGAACAACUCACCUGGGCCUGCCAUUCCCCGUGCUGCAUUUGGCGUGGGCACCUAUUGUGGUCACACACUACAAUAUAUUACAUUACAUAUUUAUGUAUACAGGAAUAUAUAUCGGUAUCUGUAUCUACACACACACACACACACACACACACACACACAGCUUCUACAUGUAAUUGCUCAGUUGUUCAAGUUCUGGUCGAAAGUUCAUGGACUAAAUACAGUGGUACUUCAGGUUAAGUACUUAAUUCGUUCCAGAGAUCCGUUCUUAACCUGAAACUGUUCUUUACCUGAAGCACCACUUUAGCUAAUGGGGCCUCCUCCUGCUGCCGCGUCGCCGGAGCACGAUUUCUGUUCUCAUCCUGAAGCAAAGUUCUUAACCCGAGGUAAUAUUUCUGGGUUAGCAGAGUCUGUAACUUGAAGCGUAUGUAACCUGAAGCGUAUGUAACCCGAGGUACCACUGUAUCUUGAUUGUCCACUGUAUUUUAUACAUCCCAAAGACCAGAUUUUGUAAAUAUAAUCCUACUGUUUCAGGCUUCUGUGCUUGUGAGCUCCCCUCACCACUUUUCAUGCACAUAGGAUCAGAAGAUGGUGCUUCUGGUUUUCAGCAACCCACAGUUCCCCCAUGACAUCUGAAUUCAGGGACCUGUGAUCUAUUUAAAUGAUGGCUAGUGAGAACAAGCUACAAAAUAAACUGCAGCUUCAGAUCCUAGCUGUUAUCAAACCAUGCUUUAAACUAACCACAGGCUUCUGAACCUUGUUCCACGUCACAUGAAACCUUGGUUAGUUUAAACUUGAAAGCAACCAUUCUCCUCUGGAAUAUGAGAGCAGUGGGGAGGAAGAAGUGUGCAAACCUUGAGAUUCACCAUAAUAGGAAACCAACCAGGUUUUCCUAAUAUUUAUGAACUGGUCUACAGGCUAUUCCUUGCAUAUAGUGGUGAGAUAUAUUUCAUCCUUAUAUUUUUUCAGAACUCGACAGGAUGCCAAUUGUGGCUUGA